GGUGAUGGGAGUCCCAAGAUGGCGGCGCCCGUCUGAGAGAACUUCGGAGGGAGACCGCGCCGCCCGCCCGCCCGCCCGCCCGCCGCUACCCAGGCAAGAGACACCGGGAGGAGCCGCUGGAGCCCAGGCCCGCAGCCGACCGCGCUUUCCUGUGUCACUCAGGUUCGUCAGCCAGUUGUUGCCCCCCCGCCAGCCCAGCCUCUCCUGCCUCCCUCGGACCCGUUCCCCAUCCCUUCCCGCGGCUCGCUUCCUCCGGCGCGGAAUCGGGGCUCCGUAUCGCGCGCGCAUCUGCAUCCCCGCCCCGCGCUCGCGGCGCGUGCUCUGCGCGCGUGAGGAAGCCGCCGGGUUGGCAUGGCUCUCCUCCCGGGCAAAGAGGUGUGCGGGGUUGCAGCCUCGCCCGGCUAAUCGAUCCCGGAGAAUGACUUGUCCAUGUCCUAAUAAUAAUAAUAAUAAUAAUUGUCCAUGACCUAAUAAUAAUAAUCCAUGUCCUAAUAAUAAUAAUAAUUGUCCGUGUCCUAACAACAACAACAGUAAUUUAAAUAUUGGAUAUAUUGUGGUUGUUAUUGCUAUUGCUUUUAUUAUCAUUCAGUUUUUAUACCGCCCUUCAUCUUGAGAUUGCAAGCUGUGUGUGUGUGUUUUACAAUAAAAAAAAUGCAUACCAUAAUAACAAUAAAAAAGCAAUCUCUUUCGUGGAGAAAAGCACCCCAGUGACCUGUGUUUUCUUCCUUGUCCGAUUGGGGUUUCCAGUUUUCUUCUUACCGGGGACUCCUCAAGCAGGAUGUAUGGAAGGGGGGGAGCACAAGUGUCAAGCUUUUUGGGUUUGCAAAGGGCAGCAACAACCCUGUGCGAGGACAGGGAUAUUCGUAAAAAGCAUAAGAAACACCAAAGCCUGCCUUGGAAGUAAGUACUGUUGAGCUCAGUUGGACUUCCCAUUGUAAACACAUAAGAGGAUUCCCAUUGUAAACACAUAAGAGGAUUGCGCUGUGAAUGUUGUGGAAACCACAAGAUUAUUAUUUUUUUAUGUUGCCCAUUCAUCAUAUGUCCAAAGGACAAGAUAGACACCAAGUGGUGGGGUAUUCCACGGAUCCUCUUCCUUGGAAGUUUUUAAGCAGAGGUUGGAUAGCCGCCUGUGAUGUAAGCUUCAGUUGAGGUUCCUGCAACUCUACAAUUCUGUGAGGAAUGUGUAACCUAGAACACAUGCUUGGAGUCCGUGCUUAAUUUAGGCUGCACUCCUAACCUCAGUUGCUUAGGAGUGAGCUUAUUGAAGUCCGUAGGAUUUAUUUCUAAGGAUACAUGGUAAGGACUGUGUAGUUGGUUACUCUGUCAACCAUAAGAUACUCCUUUAAUACACAGCAUCUGUUACAAGUCAGUUCACUUCCAUUACAAAAGCUUGCUCCAGUUGAUUCAAGCAUUUUCAGUGUAGGUUGAUAAUUUUCAGUGCAAUAAAAGGGCCGAUUUGGAUGUCUGGGCUGAACGAUGAGGGUGGAGACACUUCUUCAGGUAUACAGGGCGCUUCUAUCACAGUAUGAGUACUGGCACCUUUAUUUAUUUUUUAAACCAAAGAAGCACUGGUGAUGAUGAUGAUAAAUGAGGGCAGCCAAAUGAAUAAGGGAGAGUCGAAGUAUUGCGCAUGCUGAAAAAGUCACACUUGAAACCACCUCUGCUUCUAUAUUGGGUCUUUCUUCAGAAAUAAUGUUGAUAUUUGGAACUCAUGUCGAACAUCUAUGAAGAGAGGGUAAUGAUGAUUGCAGCAGGGGAUUUGCAGGAGUUUGUCCCUUUUGGCCGUGACCACUGCAAGCACCACCCGAAUGCGCUGAACCUGCAACUUCGGCAGCUGCAACCAGCCUCGGAACUUUGGUCGUCGGACGGAGCGGCUGGUUUGGUGGGAUCCCUUCAGGAAGUUACGAUCCACGAGAAACACAAGGUAGAACUGCCUUUGGCAUCAGCAUUUAAACCAGACAAAGCCUAUGUGCCCGUGUGCUGUUGGAAUAGCUCUGUUGGUUUGAGAAUGAGGCUCUUAAUCUCAGGGUUGUGGGUUUGAGUUCCAGGUUGGGCAAAAGAAUCCUACAUUGCAGGAGGUUGGACUAGAUGGUCCCUUCUAGUUCUAUGGUUUUGAAUCAAAAUGAUCAGCCGGUGAGGAAGGGAAGAGGAGAAGACGUGAUGGGAAAAUACGACAAUCUGUUAAAAUAGUUUCUAAGUCAUAGGAAUAGGUGGUACACAUUUUGAUAUUUUAUUGAUGAGUGAACACUCAAGGAACAUUAAUAACAUGAACAGAUAGGUCAGGGGUCAGCAGACUUUUUCAGCAGGGGGCUGGUCCACUGUCCCUCAGACCUUGUCGAGGGCCGGACUAUAUUUUGGAGAAAAAGAAGAAGAAGAAUGAAUUCCUAUGCCCCACAAAUAACCCAGAGAUGCAUUUAAAAUAAAAGCACACAUUCUACUCAUGUAAAAACACCAGGCAGGCCCCAUAAAUAACCCAGAGAUGCAUUUUAAAUAAAAGGACACAUUCUACUAAGUUACAGGGAACCAGGCAGAGGGCCUUCUCGGUGGUGGCACCCACCCUGUGGAUCACUCACCAGAUGUCAAAGAGAAAAACAACUACCAGACUUUUAGAAGACAUCUGAAGACAGUCCUGUUAGAGAAGCUUUUAAUGUUUAAUAGACUAUUGUAUUUUAAUAUUUUGUUGGAAGCCGCCCAGAGUGUUCCAGAAUUUCCCUUUAAAUCACUUUGGUGCUCCUUUUGGCCAUGCAAACUGAAAUGUGUUCAACUUUUACUGAUCAGGGCAAGAUCGGCUUAAUGUAACUACAACUAGCUAGGGCCAUUCUCUGUUCCCUACUGGAUAGUCUUUGAAAAAUAAUCACACCAAUAAGCAUAAUACGCAGCAUUUGCUAAUAUUUCUUAUUCAUUUCCCCCCCUUCAGGAAAGUUGGCAGCUAAGGAAGGGCAUUAGUGAUGUUGGUGAAGAAGUCGAGUACGACGAAGAGCUUUACGUGGCCGGCAAUAUGGUCAUUUGGAGCAGAGGGAGUAAAAGCCAAGCUUCUGCAGUUUACAAAGCGUUUACGGUGGACAGCCCUGUUUUGCAGGUAUGGAAACUGGCAUGGUACCAUAGAGCUUCUUUAGCUGCAAGUUGCAUAUGAAACCGAGGCCAGAAUUAUCCUUGCACUUGCUUAGGAGAAAGCCUCGUGGGGGAUCAGUGGCACAGACGACCAGUCAGAUAUUCAGGAGUUUGGGUUGUGUGGUCUUUUUAUAUAAGCAAGCAGCAACAUAGGAAGCAGCCUUAUGCCAUGUCAGGUCCAUCUGCCUCAGUAUUGUCUGCUCUGACUGGCAGCAGCUCUUCAGGGUUUCAGGCAGGAGUCUCUCCCAGCACUACUUGGAUGAGGAGAGAAUAACAUGAUGGGGGCGGGGAGGAGCAAUUUUGUUGUAUACCCAUUAAUAUAGUUAGGAUUAUAACAUGUUUUCUGAAUCCCGUCAGGAAUAAGGUGGGGUAGGAGAAUGAAAAAUGAAUGGAGAUUGUGACUUAGGUGAAAAGAGUGUAUUACACAGGAAAUGCUCUGGAUUGUGUCAUUUUGCCAGUACAGUGGUACCUCGGGUUACAUACGCUUCAGGUUACAGACUCCACUAACCCAGAAAUAGUGCUUCAGGUUAAGAACUUUGCUUCAGGAUGAGAACAGAAAUCGUGCUCCGGUGGCGCGGUGGCAGCGGGAGGCCCCAUUAGCUAAAGUGGUGCUUCAGGUUAAGAACAGUUUCAGGUUAAGUACGGACCUCUGGAACAAAUUAAGUACUUAACCUGAGGUACCACUGCAUUGCCUGGUGUAUUAUUAUAUUUGCGGAAAUAAUUCUUCUCUUUCUUUUUUUUAAAUGCUUUUGUUGUCCUCACUCAGAUGUGUUAUGUAUUUAUUGUAACCCACCUUCGGAUAAUUAAAAGAGGAAGGUCUGGCUAUACAUUGAAGGAAGUAAAUGAAAUAAAAUAAGCAUAGGCACUUGCAGAUGGAGUUUGCAAAUAGUAAAUGCAAGCGGUUUCUGCCUGAAAUGGCUGCCCCCAAGCAGCAAAACGCAAAUGAAGACGUGGGCAAGCUCUGGCUGUUCAGAUAUCUGAAUCAGCUGUUCGUGUAGUGAGGUUUUGGUAUAAUUCUUUGUGUUAAAUAACACUUAAAUUUAUUUGUGUUAAAUAAAUAAUAUCAGUUAGAUAACUGAGAUUUCAAAUAAUGAGCUUUCCGAUAGCCAAACCUGGUUUACUCUUUCUGCUGAAUAUUUUUAUUUUGUUUCAGGCAUUGUGGUGUGAUUUCUCUAUACCCAAGGAUAGGUCUGACAAAACGGAAGGUAUGUUUCAUUUUUAUUAGGCUUCAUUUGAAGUCUGGAAAUACGUAUGCCUCACUUUCCCCUCCUCACGAGUUGCUUAAAAUCUGCUUGCAGGCGUAAACAUGAAACACAACAGUAAUCAAUAAUCCAGCUUGAAAGGCACCAGCUGUUGCAAUAUGCUAUAGUUUCCCCGAAACCAAGUGUGUGAAAUGCAGUCUGGUUUUGGGAGAAGGGUAGCUGAAUGGAAGAUUAUUAAAUUAUGCUUAUUUGUUCCCCAAUUUCAGAUAGCACCGAAGUAGUAGAAAAGUGUAUCUGUAUAUUACAGAGCUCUUGCAUAAAUAUCCACAGCAUUGAAGGAAAGGAUCACAUUGCUUCUUUGCCCUUUCAGGUAAGCAUAUGUGAAAACCAAAUUCAGAAAUCGGGAAGAGUUGCUGUGCUCACUAAGCCUGGCCUCCUGAGCUGUCUUAUUUCUUUGAAUAAAGACUUAAUUUAACAGAAGCCGUGUGAGUUUAUUGCUGACUUGCCCCUGACACCUGCUCCUGACAUCCUUGCAGGGAAGUAAGAAGCAUUAUCCGAGUUCAAGGACAUAUUCCAGCCAGGCAAAAAAGAAGGGGGGAAAGCAGGACUGGCGAAGGGCAUGGCUUGUGGGGUGGGGGUGGGGCGGCUUGGGGACAGUCCCAAGGGAGAGAGAGAGACCUGGAGGGCUGCAUUUGACCCUUGGUUCCCCACCCAUGUUAUAAACAAAGCAGAAAUCAUUUGUGUCCUGGUACCUAAAGCCUUGGGACGUGGGUGGCGCUGUGGGUUAAACCACAGAAGGUCGGCGGUUCGAAUCCCCAUGACGGAGUGAGCUCCCAUUGCUCGGUCCCUGCUCCUGCCAACCCAGCAGUUCAAAAGCACGUCAAAGUGUAAGUAGAUAAAUAGGUACCGCUCCGGCGGGAAGGUAAACAGCGUUUCCAUGCGCUGCUCUGGUUCGCCAGAAGCGGCAUAGUCAUGCUGGCCACAUGACCUGGAAGCUGUACGCCGGCUCCCUCGGCCAGUAAAGCGAGAUGAGCGCCGCAACCCCAGAGUCGGUCACGACUGGACCUAAUGGUCAGGGGUCCCUUUACCUUACCUAAAGCCUUGACAUUAUCUGCCAGCCAGCUGAAAAUCAGAAGUGUUCAAAUAAUAAUAGUAAUAAUAGUAAUAAUAAUUUUUUAUUAUUCCCCGCCCAUCUGGGUUUCCCCAGCCACUCUGGGCGGCUCCCAAUUGAGUGUUAAAAACAAUACAGUAUUAAAUAUUAAAAACGUCCCUAAACAGGGCUGCCUUCAGAUGUCUUUUAAAGAUAGGAUAGCUGCUUAUUUCCUUCACGUCUGAAGGGAGGGUGUUCCACAGGGCGGGCGCCACUACCGAGAAGGCCCUCUGUCUGGUUCCCUGUAGCCUCACUUCUCGCAAUGAGGGAACCGCCAGAAGGCCCUCGGAGCUGGACCUCAGCGCCCGGGCUGAACGAUGGGGGUGGAGACGCUCCUUCAGGUAUACAGGACCGAGGCCGUUUGGGGCUUUAAAGGUCAGCACCAACACUUUGAAUAUCCUGGAUAUAAACAUGUGAAUGAUGUUUUUAAAAAUAAAACUUUUUUUUACAUAUAGGUAGCCAAUGUCUGGCCAACAAAAUAUGGCUUGCUGUUUGAACGUAGCAGUUCUUCGCACGAAGUGCCUCUUAGCCCAGCCAGGUAAUUAGACUUUAUUGAUUCUUGACUGCAUGGUAAGAAGCUGGGCCAGUGUCCUUAGUAAAUGUGACGGCCCACACAUUCUGUGGCUCUUUAACUUCAUUUCUUGGCAUGUCUCUUGGCAGGAUAAUUCUGUAGCUAACAGAGUGGAUAAAAAUCUCAUGAGAUUUUCCUUUCAAUCUGAUUUUAAUCUGUAAAUUUUCCAAGUUAUGCUAAAUGUCCCUUUGAAAAUAAAAACAUGCAGGCACCUUUGCAGAAGAUUGGUAUUAAUUUAAAGUACAUACAAAUAUGUCAAUCACUUAACAGAAAAGCCCCAGAAGCAUACGCAGGUAUUUGGACAGCAUGAAUAUCUGCAAGAACCAGGUUUUUUGUGUGACUAUGCCGUGCCUCAUCCUGGAAGUUUAACCAGUAUCAGUUCGAAGAGUGCAAAGCACAACAUGAUAUUAGUAGGGCUGCUCUGUUCUGUAUAUUCUGAGAUAUAAUGUCACACAGUUUGUUUGUUUAUUUACCUAUCUUGCUUUUUGGGGGUUACAUUUCAAAGUUUUAAAUUAAAAAUAAUUUAAAAGCAUAAACCAACUUAAAAACGAUUUCUGAAUGUGAUCCUAACUUAUUAAAGUCCACACAUACAGGCUGUAUUCAAAUGUCAUAUUAUCUGAUCUUCCCAGUUGUAGUUUGGAGGACUGGGAAUGAGCGUGUUUCCUUCCUGCCUCCCCUUAUCUUCCCAGCUUCAGGGGACACUUCCUGGUUUGCCAAACUACAGUCUGCUGUUAUAUGCAAACCUUUUGUUAUUUACCAGUUCACAAUAGAUUUAGGAUGCUGUACUGAGUUAAGUCUGUGAUCCUAACCAUGUCUACUCAGAAGUAAGCGCCAUUGAAUUCAGUGGCGCUUACUCCCAGGUAAAUCAGGUUAGGAGUGCAGGCUUUAGUUGCUGCAUUCCGUUUUGCCUGCAGUGCUUAAUAUUUUGUCCCACUUUCUUUUCAGAGAACCUUUGCCCACCAUGUUCAGCAUGCUGCAUCCGUUAGAUGAAAUAACACCAAUGGUUUGUAAGUCAGCAGGUAAAAUAUGUAAUUCUUAAAAACAAGGAGGAAAAACAAGUCCAGCUGAGCAGUAUUCGGAGAUGCUUGACUGACGUUUUGCUGGUCCCUGCUUUUGGUGACAUUUAGGAAUUUGGAACACUAAUUGCUUCAUUGAUUGAGCAUUUUUUGCUCUGCUAUUUAGGAGAACCAAGCUCGCAGAGCAGCAAAAAUCUUUCUAAGUCUUACAAUCAAAAAGUCAGGGCACAAGAGGUAAAGGGAUUAGGAGAGAGGAGGAAAAAAGCAAACCAACCUGGGCAGUAAUUAUUAGUUAUAAAAUUUAGCAGGUCGUGGAAAUAGAUUAAAGUACAGGGGAAAUCCUGGCACUUCCUCUUUCUCUGGAGGCCUCAAUUAUAGUAUUUGCAAGGACUGUAAUGUGAUUGAUUGAGGAGACCAAAAUCCAAAAAGAAACCUUUGAGCGUUUAUCUUAGUAAAAGACAUUUUGCUGAAGACGUUUCAACUCUCUGUUGCAUUAAUGGUAGUAGAAUUAGAAAAUUAAAAGGGGGGUGUACCCCUAACAAGCGCACACAGGAGAAAUACUUCCAUACUUUCCAAGGGGUCAGGACAAAAGACAUUGAUUAUAUUUAUAAACUACCCUUUUAUACCAUUUUUUAAAUGUUACAAUACAAUGUAUAUGCAACUAUCUUACAGUGCUGAGCUUGUGAACAUCUCAGGAAAAUGUAGUUGUGAUUAAAUUCAAGAGGUUAAUUCUGCCCUCUAAAUUUUAAAAUAAUCCAUAUUGGGAAUGCCAGGAAGAGGUUUUUGUAAUUAGCCUUCUGCUGAGAUGUGCCCAUUCAUUUUGUUAAUAUAUUAUUGGGACUUGUUUCUCAUCCUCUAAAAUGCAGGUGACUUACUGUACCUUGAUAGGGGUUUUUUUAAUGUUGAAAUAGACAGAUAAGUCUCCACAGCUGAAAAUAACCCAAGCAAAGGCAUAUUACUACAGCCCCACAAGGCCCCACAUUAGUUCUGCACCACCACACUCCUGCCUUCUCCAUGUUGCCAAUGUUUACGAUGGUGUGCACAUGUUGUUUUUGAACUAUGUCUCCUGCCCGGCCUUUUCUCUUAGGUGGCUAACCUGACUUUUCUCCCGCUUAGCAGGUUUGUUUGGCUCUGCCAGAGUACAGUACGUUGCUGACUAUUCGAUGAGAAUUGUUUUCCUCAACGCUGAGCCUUCCAUCCUAAUGACGUACGACGCCACUCAGAGUGUGCAUACCAUCUGGGCGCUUCGUCGAGUAAAAGCAGAGGUAAGGGCCCAAGCGCAGGAUCCAUGUGGAAAUGUUAAAAACUGGGAGGCUCUGCUGCCUUGAUCCAGUUCCAAUACCUCGUCCCACCCCAAUGACUGCUCUGAAGAAAGGAGAAAAACCUGGGGGGAUCUGUGCUGCCACUGUUGUCAGAGGUGGGAUGCCUCUGUAUGUAGUUGCUCAAAAUCAUAAGUUGUAGCACUCAGGUCCUGUAUGGAGGCUUCCCAUAGACAUCUGUUUGCCCACUUUGAGAGCAGGGUGCUGGGUUAUAGGGAAGCAAAGAUCACCAGAUUAUCGUCUUCCAAAGCAACUGCUCUAUUCCGAACUUUAAAAUGGAAAGUGUAAUGCUGGUGGCCAACAAAAGAGGUUUAAAGACUUUCUCAAGGCAAAUCUUUAAAAAUGUAGUAUAAACACCAAUACUGUAACUGGGAAACACUGGCCUGUGAGCGCUCCAGUUGGAGAACAGCCUUUACCAAAGGCUUUGAAAACACUCAAACUCAGGAUGAAAGGGAGAAGCGUGCUAAGAGGAAGGCAUGCUUGGCAAACUGUCGCCAUGAUCAAAUCUCGCCUGGAAACCUAUGUCCCCACUGUAGAAGGACGUGUGGAUCCAGAAUUGGCUCCACAGUCACUUACAGACUCACUGUUAAGGCUGUUUUCAUGGAAAACAAUCUUACUCAGCUAUGAGUGAUACCAAAGAAGAAGAAGAAGAAGAAGAAGAAGGGUUAUAUGGACCUUUGGCUGGAUCCAGUAGGGUUCUUCUUAUGUUUUUUUAUGAUCCUGGACCUCUCCUCUCCUCGUUUAGUUGGCCCCUUAAACUUUGGAUACAUUUCAUGUUACUGAGCCUGGAUAGCUCAGUGGGUUAGAGCGUGGUGCUGGUAACACCAAGGUUGCAGGUUCGAUCCCUGUAUGGGUCAGUUGCAUCUUCCUGCAUUGCAGGGGGUUGGGCUCCUCAGGGUCCCUUCCAACUCUACAAUUCUAUGUUUCUAUGUUUUAAAAUUAGGUCUGUACUUCAAGGUAUCCUGUUAUGUAAAAGCUAUGCAGUUUCGAACAACAUAAGCCGAUUUUUGUUGUUGUGCUCUUCUCUGCAGGAGCAAAGCGCUGUCUUGAAAUUCUCCGAGCAGGUGGGGACCCCUCAGUAUGCGGCCGCCAGCAGCUCCUUCACAGUCCACCUUCGGAGCCUCUCUAAGGGUGACUCGCCCGUGGCUUCCCCGUUCCAGAACUAUUCCUCUAUUCACAGUCAGAGCAGGUCAGCAUCGUCCCCCAGCAUUCACUCCCGAUCACCCUCCAUAUCCAACAUGGCAGCUCUAAGGUAGGCUGGUAAGCUUUGGUUGUCGAUUUGCAAAGAACUAUACGGGGGAACCAUGCAUGCUACAAAUCCUGGCUUACUGAAAUCUUCUGCGGGUGGUUGCAGCUUCAGACUCCAGCCUUAAAGGGUUGUGGAGGCCAAGCUCCCGUGUGUUGGGAUCAUAUCUUUCGUAAGCUGAAAUGCAUUCGCUGCUCUUCAGCUUCCCUAGCAGAUUUUAGCCUCUCAGACCUUGUUGGGUCACCAACCUUUCUCUCCCACCGGGGCAAUUUAAGAAUCUCAGGUCGUAAUCAGCUAACUUAUUCAUGCGAAGAGUAGCAUGAGUGCAAUGGAACUUGCCCAUGCACGCCCUGCACCCUUCCCGAAUCUGGUCUGGAGAGUUUGGGGGAAUCGCUCGAGCAGAUUUAGGGGGCAGUUGGGUGGAGGAGAGGUUUGGAGAAUCCCAUUCUGCUAGCAGUAAUCCUUGCGCUAAUGGGACCCUGCCUUAGUGCUGUGUUGAACACAACCCCCAUUUUCACUCUUCCUACAUUAUGAAACUGUGAUAGGGACGUUGCAGUUUCCACAUUCCACAUUUUGGAAACGCUGCUGUAGAGGUUCCCUGCCCCCCUUGGAACGUUAAUCGCCUUGUCAAUUCCUGGCCAGCUGCAAAGAACAUUACCUUAAGAAAUAUUUCUGUGCUGGCUGUAGCUGUUGGGAGUUGUAAUGCAAAACAUCUGGAGGUUGCUGGAGGCUUAGAUUGUAUGCUGCUUGGUGUUAGGGCCUAUUGCUUCCUUCUUGCAGUGCUACACGGCCACAUUCAUACAUUCCAAUAAAACCUGUUGCCUGUAGUUCUAAUUAUAGUCCUUAAGCAGGAUCCUAAGAACCUGCUUCUCUUUCCCAUCACUCCAAGUGCAAGCUUCAAGCAGUUCCGUACAAACUUAAGGAUUGCAUCAGUUUUCCAUCCAGGCUGCAAUCUCUUACACUGUGUUGGAAGCCGCUGUGGCUGCCACACUGCUCUUUGAUCCCCUUGCUCAUUGUGGAAAGUGAGGCCAGUAUUAUUUUUUAUCUCCAUAUCAUACAUGCUGGUGCCUGCUGAAAGAUAGCCACUUUCCAGAAGCCCAUGAGUUCAUAGUUGAAGAUCUGAAGUGAAGAAUUAAAACGUAGAUCUCCUCCUCUCUUGGAAGUGGCUUUCUGGUGGAAAAAAAGGGGCGUUGGACAUGUAACUCAUCACCGGGAAAAAUGGUUUUCUUUUCACAGCCGAUCUCACUCCCCAGCCUUAGGGGUGCAUUCGUUCUCAGGAGUGCAGAGAUUCAACUUCUCCAACCAUGCACAGUCUCCCAGGAGGCACAGUGCCUGCCAUUCUCCAAACAGUGCGAUGGACUCGUUCUUCGCCCCGGAAACGGAACUCAUUGUUCCAGAGCUUUGCAUAGACCAUCUAUGGACGGAGGCCUUCACUACCACAAGGUUUGGGAUAAUCCUAUCUAUUCAGCAAGGGGUCUCAACAGCAGGGGGCUGCUUUCUCUUGAGUGGGGUGUUUUAUUGUUCGUAAAGUUUGGAGAAGAGAAUAGCAUUGCAAGUAUGUGUCUGAACUGACGUGCCUGUCCGCCGGUAAAAGCAGAGUUAAGAAGCCGAGCACGGUAUCCACCCGGAAAUGUUAAAAAUCAGGAGGUGCUGUUGCCUUAAUCCAGUUCCGUGCCUCAUCCCACCCCAAUGGCUGCUCUGAAGUAAGAAGAAAAAACUUGGGGAGAUCUGUUCUGCCACUGCUCCCAGAGGCGGAAUGCCUUUCUGUAUGUUAGUUGCUCGAAAGCACAGCAACUGUGGGGGUGCUAUUGCCAGGGUCAAGCAAGAUUCAUAAUGGAGGAUCCCAUGUCAUAUUUUAAGUUAUGUCAACGUUUUAUUUAUUUAUUUAUUUUAGAGUAUUUGUACCCCGCUCUUCAGCAAAAAAUGUCUCCUAGAGUGGCUUACAUUAAAUCAGAACAAGACAUUCCCUACCCACAAGCUUACAUUAUAAUAAACAAACAAACAAAUUAAUAAGAAUACAGCACACAAGGGAAAAGGAACAAGGAGGGAAGAGGAAACUCAGAACUCAGGCAUCAUACUUAUGCCAUGAUCUACCGUAAUAAACCAAAGAAAAAGUUCAGAUUGACACAAAUCUAUUCGCAAUAGAUGUCUGCCACAUUCACACUGUACAUUCAAAACAGCAUGAUAUACCAUUUUGGGCAGUCAUGGGUUUCCCUAAAGUAUUCUAGGAGCUCUGGUUCAUUAAGAAUUGUUGGGGGAGACCCCUGUGACACUACUGUGCUUGACCGUAUCUCCUAUUGUUUCGUUCUUGAUGCAUUCCAUUUCUUUCAGUUGUGCUAGAAGAGUUAGUUUGCUCUGUUAGGAAAGGUUUAGUAAAGCUCACACCCAGAUUGCAGACUGCAAAACUCUGAUUGUGCAAAAUGGAUUCAGAGAUGAAAUAAAACGGGGAAGAUUUUCCUACGCCUAGGAUUGCUCUGUUAGGGAAGCAUAAAAUAAUCUACAGUUUAAUUUGUAAACUUUAUUUGAGUAAGCUUAACUUUAUUCUUCUUUUGAUUAUUUGAAUAUUGACAGAGAGAAGAAUUCUCAAGCUUCCAAAGUAUUUAUUACGACUGACCUUUGUGGGCAAAAGUUUUUGUGCUACUUAGUGGAGUCCCAGCUUCAGUUACGGUAAGUGCAUUUUGAUAUGUGACUUUCUCGAAUUGUUGUCUAAAAUACUGGAAACAUAACCAAAAGAGAGCUGAAUAUUAGAAUAUUAUUGCAAAUCCCAGUUUUAGCAUUCAGAAAGGGGACUCAUUCGCAUAUCAUGGUAAAUGAGAAAUAUCACAGACAUAUGAGAGGCCCCAUCAGUAUUGGCAUUCCGCUGGUUCUUGUUUAGGCAAGCUUUCCCCUGAACGUGAACUUCUGAUCUUAAUGCUUUAACUGUUUUUAAACUGUUUUAAUUGUCAGCCUUUUUAACUGGCUUGUAUGUAUUAAUUUAGAAUGUUUUAAUGCUCUGGUGAAAUUGUUAUUGUGUAUUUUAAUUAGGUAGGAAUUUUAUAUUUGAUUUUGUAGCAUAAACUGCUUAGAAGCAUUUCGCCAUACAAGCAGUAUGGCAAAUAACAAGCCACAGUUAAUUGUUUACCACGAGCACUUGGUUCUGACUGCUUCUCAGAUUUCAUUUCCUAUUACUCAUCAUUUUCAUUUGUAUGUUGGAGGGCUCUCCAGAGGUGAAGCAGUUCCCCCUAAUGAUGGUUUGUCAAUUCAGACAUGCAAAAAUCAUAGAAAGUACCAACUGUCAUUUUUUAUUCUCCUUUAUCGUCCAGUUAAAAACCACGGCUUGCCAUUUCAGAAAUCGUAUCAAAAAAUUUCAUUGACCAAGCUUGGGUUUGAUGACGAAACCGAGUUCCUCUCUAAACGUGGUGCUUCAAGUCAAGCAACAGCAGUCAUUCAUAUUUAUAUACAAAAAGUUAAGCAUCAGUAGCCUUCCCAACUGGCAGCCAUGAUAUUUUUUGGAAAACUGCAAUGCAAAAAUAAUACUGGAGAAAUUUGCUUUUUUCCUCCUCUGGUGUUUAGCUGUGUAAAGUUUCAACAGAGUAACGACAUGUCACAGUUGAUCUUUGGCUCUGUCACCAACAUCCCGGCAAAGGAUGCAGCUCCAGUGGAAGUAAGUAUGAGACUGUGAAAUGUAGAGUGUGCAGACAGGUUUAAUGCCACUUGAUCGCAUGUGCUCAAAUGCCAGCGGAUGAAUUUACUCUUUUUCUUUUGGCCUUUACAGAGCAUUGACACAAUGCUGGUUCUGGAAAGCAAUGGAAACUUAGUCCUGUACACCGGAGUGGUUCGGGUAAGUGUUCGUUUUACAGUGUUUAUUUCAUAAAACUUAUAUGCUACUCGGUUGCAAACCAAGCAAAGAAACCUCAAAAACUUUUCCUCUAGCUCAGGGUUUCCCAAACAGCUGUUUCUGGACUACAAUUCCCAUCAUCCCUGACCACUGGUCCUGCUAGCUAGGGAUGAUGGGAGUUGUAGUCCAAAAAAACAGCUGGAGACCCAAGUUUGGGAAACCCUGCUCUAGUUUGAGGUUUGGCAACCUUUUAAAGUCCAAGGACUUUGUUUCCUUCUGUGGGGGGAAGCAGCUAGAGCCAAAAGGUGGUUAUUUAUUACUUACAGCUGAAUUCUAGCAUUGCAUUCGUUGUUAGGCUUGUCUUUUUACGGACGCUUUGGACUUUAAAAGCUCUCUCUCUUGGAACUCUACUUAGUUUCUUCAUUUCUCGCCCGUUACAAGGUAGGGAAGGUUUUUAUACCUGGUUUGCCAGCUCCGUCACUGACGAUGUCGAAUCAGAUGCCUCGCCCCAGCACCCCUCUGGACAAUGCCAAUACUCCUUCCAAGCCCUUGAACAAGCACCUGGGACCCUUAGAUGAGGUAAGGGGCUCUGUGGAUGUAUAGAUCAUCGCUGUCACUAUUGCCCUGUUUGUGUUUGGACACAGAAUGGGGACUUGUGGGGAGGGCUCUUUGGGGAGAAAUGAGGCCCACAAAAGCUGGGCACAUACGGGUCAGGUGGAAGGCUAAAUGAAAAGUGUGGUUCUUGGCAUUCUGCUCAGACACCACGGGUUGCAGACAUAUGCCCUGGAAGUCCCAAUUCUAAAUCCUAGUUUUGACCUUCAUGGCCCUUUAGAGUGGGCAGCAAAGUUAGCUGAAAGCUCACCUUCUCCCACAUAUACCUGCCUAAACCUUGAGAUGCUUUUCAGAAGCCCAGCUCUGGGUGACUUUGCCAAGUGAAAGGAAACUUGUAGCAACUAGGAAGAGGACCUGCUCAGUGGUGGCCCCCUGAUGGUGGAAUGGCCUCCCCAAAGAGACUUGCUUGCUACUUUCUUUAUGGUUUUUUCAGUUCUAUGAAGACCUUUUAAUUCUCCCAGGCCUUUAAAAAUUGCAAUCUUAAGGCAAUGAAUGUUAAUCCAUUGUUUCUGUCCGUUGUGAUUUAUUUCUGUAUUCGAUGUAUUUAAAUAUUGUAAACAAACAAACAGAUUGUAAAGAAACUGUAGUCGCAGCUCGAUUCAUAUCUUUCUGAACCUGCUAAGGAAAUUUGUUUUGUUUAAUCCUGAAUCUGGGCUGUUGAGAAUAGUGCUAAAAGAUUUUAAUAUUUGCCCCCCUUUUAAGCAGGGCGUGUUGUCCCCUGUUCCAGAGCUGAGGGAUUCUUCCAAACUUCAAAAUUCCUCUUACAUUGAUGAUUGCACUUUUCAGCAACUUUCAACUUUUAUUCAUUCUGUGAGAGAUCCUGUCCAGAACAGAGUGACUCUGGUAAGUGGUGUUCUGUGGAUUGAGAGUUAGCUGACCUUAGUCGAAGCACAGUGUGGCACAGUAAUUGAAGGGUUUCCAGCUUGGUUCUGGGAAACGCAAUUUCAAAUCCUUGCUCAUCCAUGCAUUAAUCUAAAACUUGGUCCCAGUGUCCGUGAGCUUUGUCUCUCUCUUUCUUGUUCUGGGUUUAACAAAUAAACUUCCUAGUUCAUCAUUUGUUAGCUCUCCAAACCACAGUUUGCUUGUUGAUGAGCAGAGAGAGUGAGACCCUGGUGUUAAGGAUCUUUCCUUUCCCAUUUUUUUAUAUUCUUCCCUUUGGGGGCCUCUUGCCAAAAGAAAAAGACCGUGCUUUUGUUUGUCCAUGGGUCUCUUGAUCAUGUUAACCGAUCACAUUAGUUUAUGUGAAUGGCAUAUGCUAGAUAAUUCACCUGUUGUUGUUUUUCUUCUCCCAGGAACUCAGCAGUGGCUCCAUGGUCAGAAUUACCAUCCCAGAAAUUGCAACUUCAGAAUUAGGUAUGAUAUUGAAUAAUAAUACUUUUUUGUUCUUGCUUGUGAGCUCUCCUCCCCCCUGCUUUGUCUCACCAGUGACAAAUAAUCAGCAAAUUAAAAUCCAAGCUCUGAACCAGUGUAGACUUAACUUGCAUAGGACUCAAUUGCUUGACCAAUUAUCACUUUCAGGUCUUUAUGCCAUGAUUAGGAGAACAGGACCAGGAGAACAAAAUUAACCCCAUCGUUUCACAGCUGAUUCCUGUAGGCUGGGGCACAAAGCAAGUCCUUUUUGGAUGUCCAUGAAUUCUUAUGUUAUGAGAGAGGGAGGAAAAACUUUUCUCUAUCUGCUUUUGCUCCAUGCCAUGUAUAAUUUUAUAAAAUUUGAUGGUGUCACCCUGGGCCAGUUAAAAGCAAAUGGUUUUCAAGUUACAGAAAUGGAUUGAGUAGCUCUAUGACCAAACGGUAAUCUGAGCAGUUCUUUCUUCACCCCUUUACCCUAAACAGUCAAAAGAUGUUUACAAGGCAUUAAGUGUAUCCUGCCCAGAGAAGUAGCCGUGCAAAUGCUCGUCAGGUGGUACAAUGCCUACAACGCACCGGGCGGACCAAGUUACUACUCCGAGUGGAACUUAUUUGUUACCUGCCUCAUGAACAUGAUGGGCUACAACACGGACAGAGUGGCCUGGACUCGUAAUGUAAGUGACUUCUGCAGCGACAUCACUUGACUUCUCACCAACAGCUUAAUACUAAGGCGUCACUUGAAGGGUGGGAAUUCCACCAUGUGCUCUGAAGUGUUGGACUACCGCAGUGCGCACUUUGAAGGUGACUCGGAAACUGCAACUAAUCCAGAGUGCGGCAGCUAGACUGGUGACUGGGAGCAGCCGCCGAGACCACAUAACACUGGUCUUGAAAGACCUGCAUUGGCUCCCAGUAUGUUUCCGAGCACAAUUCAAAGUGUUGGUGCUGACCUUUAAAGCCCUAAACGGCCUCGGCCCAGUAUACCUGAAGGAGCGUCUCCACCCCCAUCGUUCAGCCCGGACACCGAGGUCCAGCUCCAAGGGCCUUCUGGCGGUUCCCUCGCUGCGAGAAGUGAGGUUACAGGGAACCAGGCAGAGGGCCUUCUUGGUGGUGGCGCCUGCCCUGUGGAACGCCCUUCCAUCAAAUGUCAAGGAAAUAAACAACUAUCUGACUUUUAGAAGACAUCUGAAGGCAGCUCUGUUUAGGGAAGUUUUAAUGUUUGAUGUUUUAUCACAUUAUUAUUAUUAUUAUUCCGCUGGGAGCCACCCAGAGUGGCUGGUGUAUAAAUAAUAAAUUAUUACUACAUUAUUAUUAUUAUUAUUAUUGAUCCAAAUACCUUCAGGCUUUCUGCUAGUAACAAGGUAUUGUUGAGAUAAUGUAUCCUGUCCCUUCCCUGUACUUCUGAUGCAAUCUACCUUAGAAUUAAACUAUAUAUACACAGAAUCUUGCAAGCACUAGCAACAGCAUGGUUCCCUUGAUUUUGGGUGCUCAUACAUCUUACUAGUUAUUGCUUGGCACUAUACAAUAGUUCAGUAUAGAUCUUAGGAAGACAGGAGUGCCUGGCGUGCUCUGAUCCAUGGGGUCACGAAGAGUCGGACACAACUAAACGACUAAACAACAACAACAUAGAUCUUAGAGCAGGGACAGCCAACCUCCAGGUUGUCUGGGGCUAGUGAGAGUUUUAGUCCAAAUUGGGCAGGGUUCCAGGUGGCGGAGGCUAAUGCAAAGAAAUAAUCACAAUUGUACGUGGAACUGUUGCACGAUCAGCUUUGCUUCUUCUGAUAGAACAAUUUCUGUAAUGUAUGAAAACUGAAAUUCAGUGCCUAGUGUGAUGAUUUAUUUAUCUGUUUAUUUCAGCUUGAUUUUGAAGGCUCUCUUUCUCCAGUCAUUGCUCCCAAGAAAGCCCGGCCGUCAGAGACAGGAUCAGAUGAAGUAAGGGAAUAAUUUAUCAUUUUAAUUAGUAGUUCCUGACCAGCUGGAGGAUUUUUGUGCAUUCCUCUGGUUUGAGAGAUGCUGCUUCCUAGACUUGUAUGGGGCUUAGCUAAAAAACACACACAUUUGCAUGAACUUGUUUGGUGUUAUGUGAGCAUCAGGUGUGCUCUUUCGACUUACAGCAGGGGUAGGAUUUGUAGUCCAACAGGUGAGAGUUUGUACUUCAGCCACAACCUGGUGUUUUGGACUGAAGGCUGAUUUCACAGGUCUGCAUAUCACUUGAUGAACUUUGAUGAUUAGCUGCUUGACAUAAAAAGCUCCCAGAGGGAUAGCUGUAAGUAAAACCAUGGAGAGUGCAGGGGCAUCUUUAAAAGACUAAUAAAUGUACUAUGACAUAUUUUGUGGACUAGAGGCCACUUCAUCCGAUUUGGAGUUGUGUUUUGGUACAAGGUAGCUCAGAUUUGGUACAAGAUAGCUCAGAUUGAGUGCUGGACCAUAAAGAAGGCUGAUCGCCGAAGAAUUGAUGCUUUUGAAUUAUGGUGCUGGAGGAGACUCUUGAGAGUCCUGUGGACUGCAAGAAGAUCAGACCUCUCCAUUCUUAAGGAAAUCAGCCCUGAGUGCUCACUGGAAGGUCAGAUCCUGAAGCUGAGGCUCCAAUACUUUGGCCACCUCAUGAAAAGAGAAGACUCCCUGGAAAAGACCCUGAUGUUGGGAAAGAUGGAGGGCACAAGGAGAAGGGGACGACAGAGGACGAGAUGGUUGCACAGUGUUCUCGAAGCUACCAGAAUGAGUUAGACCAAACUGCAGGAGGCAGAGGAAGACAGAAGUGCCUGGCGUGCUCUGGUCCAUGGGGUCACGAAGAGACGGACACAACUAAACAACUAAACAACAACAACAAGCUCAGAUUGUUAAUGGCGGCAUUGAAAAAAGUAUUGUGUUUGGGGUCGAUAAACAAAACUUUGUCUGCUCUCUGAUACCUAUUUGACACAUGCAAAUGAUCACCAUUGGUGCAUGUUUCAGCAGCUGACCAGGCAACAUUUCUUCCUGAUCUCGCAAUAUGAAAGACAUUGUUGUGGGUGCCGGUUUCUGAACUGUGACCUUAAAUGCUAAUGAGCAAGCAAACAAUGUCUUGACAAAAUAGGCUCCAAAAUAGGCCACACCAGCGAGAGAAGGAUCCUGUUGCAAUAGGUACAUUCAUAUUAACUCCUGCUAAUAAAACAUUAUGCAACAGUUGUCUUUCAGAGGCCACAGGAUUAUGUUUCUUAAAACCAACAGCGUGUUAAUAAGCAUCUUUUUAAAAACAGCUUGAGAACUGUAAAUGUUGCCUAUAAGAUCGCAUUGGUGAUCUCGUUUUCUUUGGUGUUUUUAACUCCCUGCUUUGCAUUCCUCUUUCCUUUUAAAAAUAUAAACUAUAUAAACUAAAACAAUUUAGUAUGCAGGAUUGUCUCAUGUGUCCUAUCUCUUUUCCUUUCCUUUAAUCCAGGACUGGGAAUAUCUGCUAAAUUCUGACUAUCAUAAAAAUGUUGAGUCUCACCCUUUGGCCAAAGCUCUACGGCUGGAUCCACUGGAAGUGAAAUCUCCUAAGGAUAGCCUCUCGCCCAACCACUGCUUGGAUUCCACCACUCUUCUCUUCCCCCACAUCCCAGCUAUUUUCUGCGUGCUCCACUUGAUCUACGAGGAGCUCAAGCUGAAUUGCUUGAUGGGCGAAGGGAUUCGUUCCCUCGUCGUCCUUCUGGUUCAGCUGGCAAGGUAUGUCCUUGUGGGUGUGAACUCUGGCCGGUGGUGUUUCCUGGCAGCAGGUCAGAGGAUUUGGAGUUGGGUUUUAAAGCACACCUGAUCUUUAUUUAUUUUUUACAAAUUUAAGUAAAUGGAGUGAACAGGUGAAUGUUUAGAGAAUAGUACAGAGAAAAGUAAGAGGUGACACCAUCAGAGUUCAUAACUUUAUGCACUUGUUUAUUAUUUCCCCCUUUUAGGGACUUGAAACUGGAAGCUUAUCUUGAUUAUUACUACAGAGACUAUCCAGUGCUUGUAAAGACUUCCAGCCAAGCCUGCAUAAUUGAUCCAGGUGCGUUUCUAGAGAAUAGCUUGGUUUGCUUUGGAGAAGAACAUUCGUAUUAGUAACUGUGUCACUAAUCUACUGUGUGUUUAGAAGCCAUGCUUUAGAAGACUCUGACUGUGGAGCUGUUACUAAACUGCAGUCCUAGAUCUUUUUAGCUUUCUCCACAUGCGGUAUACAAUCCAGUAAUAGCAUUUAUUUUAAUGACUCCCGGAACUGGAAAACAGAUUGCCAAUGGUUCAUGGUCCUUAUAGCCUCUUACCCUCCUCCGCAGCAGCCUUCUCCAACCGGGUGCCCUUCAGGAUGCUUUGGACUACAACUCCCAUCAGCCUUAGCCAGCAUGACUGAUGGGAAUUGUAGUCCGAACCAUCUAGAGAGCACCCAGUUGACCUAAGCUGCUACAGUGGUGCCCCGCAAGACGAAUGCCUCGCAAGACGGAAAACCCGCUAGACGAAAGGGUUUUCCGUUUUGGAGGUGCUUCGCAAAACGAAUUUCCUAUGGGCUUGCUUCGCAAGACGAAAACGUCUUGCGAGUUCCUGCGGGGUUUUUUCCCUCCCCCCCCUUUUCCCCAAGCCGCUAAGCUGCUUAUCAGCUGAUCCGCUAAGCCGCUUAACAGCUGAUCGCUAAGCCGCUUAUCAGCUGAUCCGCUAAGCCGCUUAACAGCUGAUCCGUUAAACCACUAAGCCGCUUAUCAGCUGAUCCGCUAAGCCGCUAAGCCGCUUAUCAGCUGAUCCGCUAAGCCCGCUAAGCCGCUAAUAGCGCUAAUCCGCUAAUGGGCUUGCUUCGCAAGACGAAAAAACCACAAGACGAAGAGACUCGCGGAACGGAUUCUUUUCGUCUUGCGAGGCACCACUGUAUAUGGCAAUCACAAUUAACUGUGGUACUAAAUUCUAUGCAUUACGUCAAUGGAUGCUGUUUGUGAAGCAAUUAAUUCUGCCCCCAGAAAAUAAAAUAUAUAUUUACCAUAGACACCAAAGUUCCCGCAAUGUUGUUAUGUGCAUCCAAAUUCUCCAGGUAGUGAGAAGUAUCAGAGGUGCUCAGGACUUACUUGCGUUUGGUUUCCUUUGGCCUGAGGUCACUGGUGUUUUAGUUUGCAAAUAUGCAGGCUGGAACAUAGCUCAGGGAUGGGGAACCUGUGACCCUCCAGAUGUUAUAAUUGUACCCCAACUCCUAUCAACCCCAUGCAGCCUAGCCAGUGGCCAGAGAUAGUUGGCACCAUAAUCUAUGUACGGGGAACAUGGUGAGUUCUGGAUGCUUUAGACUACAACUCCCUCGAUUAUUAGCCUUGCUGUCUGGGGCUGAUGGGAGUUGAAAUAGAACAUCUGGAAAGCACUGGUCCCCUAUCUCAGCUACAUCUUGAGGGCAGGGGACCCCAAGUUCCCCAGCUCUGGCGAAGGAGUUUGUUAGCUCUAUAUGAAUGAUUUAAAGCUGGUCUGAUAGCAUUAAUCCUAUACGGGUGGCGCUGUGAUCUAAACCACUGAGCCUCUUGGGCUCGCCAAUCAGAAGGUUGGCAGUUUGAAUCCCUGUGACUGAGUGAGCUCCCGUUGCUCUGUCCCAGCUCAUGCCAACCUAGCAGUUCGAAAGCACGCCAGUGCAAGUAGAUAAAUAGGUACCAUUGUGGCGGGAAGGUAAACAGUGUUUCCGUGCGCUCUGGUUUCCGUCAUGAUGUCCCGUUGCGCCAGAAGCAGUUUAGUCAUCCUGGUCACGUGACCCAGAAAGCUGUCUGUGGACAAAUGCUGGCUCCCUCGGCCUGAAAGUGAGAUGAGCGCUGCAACCCCAUAGUCGCCUUUGACUGGACUUAACCGUCCAGGGGUCCUUUACCUUCUUCUUUUUUAGAACCACCUCCGUAUUAUUAAAAUGGCACACCUGACCUGAUACUUUGUAUGAUUCAGCCCAAACAGGUUUCAUGCAUCACCCUUCCUUUUUUUCGGCUGAACCUCCGAGCAUCUUCCAGUGGCUGAGUUCCUGCUUGAAGGGAGACAGUGUGCCACCCUACCCUUACUUGCCUGGAAUCUGCGAAAGGAGCAAGCUGGUGGUGCUGGUAUGUGCAGACAACGCUUGCAGAACUGGCACUGCAAAUAGGUGUCGGCAUGCUUCGGUGCAUGCUGUUGUUGCUUAUUAAAUGUGUAUACCACCCUAUACCCGUAGGUCUAAGGGCGGUUCACAACACAAGGUUACAAUAUAAAGGCCAAAAAUAAUUAAAACAAUUAACAAUACUAAUGUGUACAAACUAAUAAAAACUCCCACACUUCCUAACAAAAACCCCAUUCCAACUCCCCCCCAGCCUACAAAUGCAGAAAUGAAAAUUAACAUAUAGCAUUUAAAAACAAUUUAAAGCAACAGCUUUUAAAAAAAUCUAACAGUAGUGGCCUUGAGCUAGUACAGGGGUCAGCAAACUUUUUCAGCAGGGGGCCAGUCCACUGUCCCUCCGACCUUGUGGGGGCCCGGAUUAUAUGGGGGGGGGGUUUAACAAAUUCCUAUGCCCCACAAAUAACCCAGAGAUGCAUUUUAAAUGAAAGUACACAUUCUACUCAUGUAAAAACACGCUGAUUCCCGGACCGUCCGCAGGCCGGAUUGAGAAGGCGAUUGGGCCAGAUCCGGCCCCAAGGCCUUAGUUUGCCUACCCAUGAGCUAGUACUUAUAUUAGAAUACAGGUCUCCCUGCAGAGAAUUACAUUACCUAUACCCAAUUCUGUACAGUUUGUAUACUGAAGCCAACAAUGAGCUGCACUCUUAGCAUUUCACAUUCUUAGCAAAAUCGUUGACUUUUUCAGCACAAAAUCUUAACAGCAACUUAUAACUUCACUCUUUAUCUUCAUCUUGCGUUGCUCAUCCCCUUACUCUAAAUCAAGGGUGUGGAAUCCCUAUAAUCCCAAGGGUCACAUUCUUUGAUGGGCAGCUGGGCAGACAGGAUGCAAGACAAUAGUGAGGGGAGCCAGAGGCAAAAAUUGCCCAGCGCAGUGGAUGUGACUCUUGGAUUUGUACAAGAUGAAUCUACUGGAUCUUUUGUAAAAGUGAAUUUCUUUCUCCUGAGCAGAGUGUUGUGCUGUACAUCCUCGGCGAUGAAAAAGCAGUUUUAAAUGAGGCCUCCAACUAUUUGUCCAGGAUAACUACAGGUAAUACGUUUUUGAGGCCCUCCAGUGCCCAUAGGGAUGUUCAUUUUGUUUUGCUUGCUUUAUUUACAUCAUUUGUAUCCCCGUACCUUCAACUUAUGUUUCUUAAGUACCCAGGUGGCUUGCAGAGCUGUAAGAAACAAAAAGUGUAAUUUACUACUACUACUACUAAUUUUAAAAAAGAAGAAAUUGUACAAAUUAAGAGCAGCAAACUAAAGCAGUGACAGCUCCCUUAAGCAGAGUCAAACCAAACCAUUCAUAAGCUGCUUACUUUAGCAAUUCUUAAAAGCCCAUGGAAACAGGUGUGGUUUUGCCUGGUGCUGAAAUGACAGCAACAAGUUCUCCACAUGGGCCUCCUGAGAGAGGGCAUUCCAAAGGAGAAGAGCCACCACAGAAAAGUCUCCCUACCCUGUUUUUUUGCUGCUUGUUUUAAUCUUCUCAAGCAAAGGUAAGAGCGGUGCCUUUUCAUUCUCUCUCCUUUCUUUUUCUUAGGGCAGCGAAAGCAGCAAACUGAGCUGGAGGAACCUCGGUAUGUUAAUUAGUGAACGGCGUAAUGUUCCACUUGGGAGCUAUCAUAUUUUCCCGUGUAUGACAAACCUCCUAUUUUUAGGGACUCAAAAUUCAGAAAAUGGGGGGAGAUUGCCCAGAGUUGUUGAGCUUUUCUUGGGUGGGGGGUGCCUAAAAACGCUCACCAAAAUGCCCAUCGCUCACCCCAAUUUUUAAGAAUUAUUUAAACGUAAAAAUACCACCUCAUCUUAUACACGGAGAAGUACGGUAUUUUGGAGCUCGCCCUUGCUUGCUAUCUCCUCCCUGAGCAAUAUGAAAACUACUCUCUCGGUUUAUGGCAGGCAUAGGCAAACUCCGGCCCUCUAGGUGUUUGGGACUACAAUUCCCAUCAUUUCUGACCCACUGGUCCUGUUAGGUAGGGGUGAUGGGAAUUGUAGUCCCAAACAUCUGGAGGGCCGGAGUUUGCCUAUGCCUGGUUUAUAGGUUCUGCUCAAUUCCUGCCCUUGGGAAAGUCUUAUUUUCCCCCAAAGGACCUCUAAACUAUUGAUCUCUUUCCUCCGCCUCUUUCCUUGGCCCUUUAUGGUCAAUUUCCUGAAUUGCCUUAGUUUUUCAGGGAAUCUUUCCCUAAGAGCCAGAUGGAAGGAGGAGGAGAUAAGAGGCCUGGGCCACACCAGCAAGAGAAAGACCCUGUUGUGUUGCAGUAGGUGCAUUCUCAUCUGCCCAGGCCCCACCCCUGCUGCUUCCUUCCUUUCAGGCAGUAGAGGUGCCAAGGCUCAAAAUCUGUCUGGAAACUGUGGCCACUCACUGUGGAACAACAUACGGGCUCAGAGGAGCAGGAGAGGACAACAGUCAUGUCUCCUUCCUCUUAUGUGAGGAAUAUUUUUCAACAGGAGGGCCACGUUCCUCCAUGAGGAUCUUUCUGGAAGAAAAUGGUAUUCUGGUAGUGAGUGGGGCCGGAGGCAAAAGUGGGUAGGGCAAUGGACAGAGGCGCCAAGUUCUGCCCAACAGUGGCGGGGAGGGCGAAGGCCUUCACACGUGUCUGGAGGAGGCUAUGAGGCCUGCCAAGAACCACUGCUGCUGCAGUGAAGCCUGGCAAGGCCCAGCCACUCAAGUUUGGGGAGGCUCAGUCCCAUGCCAGCAUACUUUUUUGGGGGGUGCUUAGGUGUCCCCUGUCAGGAGUUCAGCCUACACUUGAGUAGGACCCUGGUAGAGACACAUGCCCAACUGCCAUGUUCUCUCCCUCCUGGUCAAUCGUUCGGGAGCUUCAAAAGCUUUCUUCAGCCCGAACAUCACAGCAACCAAUGCCAACAGACAUUGGCACACUUAGGGAUCCGCAGAGCCUUUGCAGCUUGCGUAACAGGCCUCAGCAACUCAGCAUUUUGGCUAAUCUACUUUAUUUACAUAUAAACACAGACGGAGCACUGCAACAUGGCUCCCUCUCUCUCUAGCAUCAGACAGCAAAGAGAAAAAGAACAAAGGACAAUAGUCCCACUUCACGGAACACAGUAACUCAGACAUCCUGUCUCUGUCACUUCCCACUCUGUGGAGUCAAAACAUAUACUGUCAUGUGAUAGACAAAAAUCCCAUGACUGCACUCAUGAUGCAGUCAUGAAUUCUAACACCAGUGGCAAUGGAUAGAGGUGGCACCUAUGGCAAUGGAUGUGACACUCACACCCCUCUCUGUCCAGGCAAGCAAGAUGCAUUGUCACAGUUCAAGGAUACAUUCCAGCCAGGCAGAAGUAGUUGAGGAGGACAUGGAGCGGGGCUGGUGAGGUUGGGGUGGCCUAGGGAGAAUCAUCAGGGACAGGUGGAGAGGCAUGGAAGCCCCUUUUUGGCUCCUGGGCUUCAGGUCUUUCUGCAAGAGCAACCGCAGCGCAUUACAUUCCUCUUGCUUUUCCCAUUGUUGUGCAGAUGCAGUUUUCAGCACAGCACAUCUGCUUCCAGUCUUGCGGAAAAGCUGGUUGUCUGGAUGACGAAUGUAGGUAAGGAGAUCUUCCAGCUUUAUGGCAGGAAUUUAUUUAUUUUAUUUAUUUAAAGUAUUUAUAAAUCUGCCCAUCACCUGAAGGUCCGAGGGUGGAAAAAUAUGUACGCUCCAAACCAAAAAUUAAGCACUAAAAAUACAACUUGUGUUUGGUUUUGUGGGCGUUCUGCGUGCAUAUAAAGGCUAGCAACUUCAUUUUUGAAAGCAGAAUCUAGAGGCGUGUCUUUUUUUUCCAGAACAGAAAGCAGUCUGAAAGUUGGGCCGCUGCUUGUGUGUGCACACGUACCACUGUUGUCUCUGGCCAAAGAUGUUUCAUAGGUUUUUAUCAUUUCAAAAGCCUGAAAAGUGUUUACGGCCAGAUGUAACAGUGAGGAAAAAGAAAUACGAAUGUGCACCAUGGGAAGCAGUGUUUCACUUAGAAUACUCUCUUAAAAACCAUUGUUUGUCUUCAUCCUGAAGGAUUCUAAUGCCAUGGACCUGUACCUACUGUGUGUAGGGGGCAGGGAUCACCGGCCUGCUAAGGCUGGUUUGGGGAAGCCACUUCCACCCUAUGGGUUGAUAAUAGAGGGGCUUCAUAGGAACAUUCAGGAAUCUAAAGUGUGUCCAAUCAUUCCUUUGCUGAAGCAAGGCAAGUUGUACUAUUGGCAAAACCUAUUUGGUGUUUCACAACUUUCCGACUAGUUGCAGGACCUUAGCCAGACGUAGCAGAGUAAAUGCAGAAUUCACGAAAGCAAUUGGCAGCUUGGCUGCAGACAGGAUGGACGAAGCAGGAACCAGGAACUUGUAGUUAGGUGUUUAUUACAUACAGUGUACUAUUUACAGGAACAGAACAGAACACGGAUCUUUGACUAACUCUCUCAUACACGACUCACAACUCUCAACCUCCAACUCCUACACUGACACUCGUACCAGUUAGUAGGCCAUUAAUCAUUAUUCCCGUGAGAGAGGUGACCAAUCAUGGAGCUGUCUCCAUGCCUCUGUAUCACCAGGCAGACUUACUCUUCCACAUUGCCUUGGCUGUCUGCCAAACCCUAAUUGACUCUGUGUGAGUAGCUGCACGUAUUCAGAUUCCCAACAUGUACUCCCUCCUGCCCAUCAGCUUCUCAAGGAGGUAUAACUGGUUCGCGGUCCAUGGAAACUGCUUCUCCCUCUCAGCACAACUCUUGAUCCUUCCCAAACCCUAUUGUUUGAAAGCUGUUUCAGAGACUUAAGGAACAGUAUGUGCCGCUUGCAAAGCACUUUCCAACAGCUCCCCAUGUUGCAUUUUGAAGUCCUUACAAUUGGGACUUUGAAGCAUAGUAUCACCUGAUUCUCUGAUGUCAGGUGAUUGAAACCUGUCAUAUUUGAUUCACCGGGGCCAAGGGAGAUUAAGAUCUGGCUUGCUAACCAGAAAAGGUUUCCCCACCCCUGUCCUACAGGGUAUGUUUGCAUCUCUGCUUUUGUGCCUACAGGCAUUAAUGUGUAUAUAUAUUCAGGGACCCGGGUGGCGCUGUGGGUUAAACCACAGAGCCUAGGACUUGCUGAUCAGAAGGUCGGUGGUUCAAAUCCCCGUGACGGGGUGAGCUCCCGUUGCUCGGUCCCAGCUCCUGCCAACCUAGCAGUUCGAAAGCACGUCAAAGUGCAAGUAGAUAAAUAGGAACCGCUCCGGCGGGAAGGUAAACGGCAUUUCCGUGCGCUGCUCUGGUUCGUCAGAAGCGGCUUAGUCAUGCUGGCCACAUGUCCGGGAAGCUGUCUGCGGACAAACGCCGGCUCCCUCGGCCCAUAGAGCGAGAUGAGCGCCGCAACCCCAGAGUCGGUCACGACUGGACCUAAUGGUCAGGGGUACCUUUACCUUUACCUUUAUAUUCAGGGAAGUUUUUAAUGUGUGACAUUUUAGUGUAUUUUUGAUCUCUGUGGAAGCCGCCCAGAGUGGCUGGGGAAACCCAGCCAGAUGGGCGGGGUACAAAUAAUAAAUUAUUAUUAUUAUUAUUAUUAUUAUUAUUAUUAUUAGGACUUAAGAUGGGUUCGUAGAAAUUAGCAUGAAAAAUAACCCCAAGGUUUGUUUUCUUUAUAAUAUUAGGAUUCACCUUAAGAGAUCUGGAGUCUUUGCCAUUUGGAGUUGCUCUUCCUAUCAGAGAUGCAAUAUAUCACUGCCGGCAGCAGCCUGCCUCUGACUGGCCAGAAGCAGUCUGUCUUCUGAUUGGCCGUCAGGAUCUUUCCAAACAGGCGUGCGAGGGAAACUUGCCAAAGUGUAAAGCUGUAAGUACCAUAAUAGAAGUAUCUUCCAGAGAAAAGUUGGGAAGAUUCCUUCAAAUAGUUCCUGAGAUUUAAUGCCUGUGCUUGGCUUUCCAUUUGUUUAAAUUAAAGGGAAAGAGCAUUUCUAGUUUUACCAAUGAUGCCUUUUUAUGGAAAAAGGGGGGAAUUCGAAUGUUUGGGUUUGCAUCUUCCAUGCAUUUGUCUAAUCCCCUUUUAAAGCCUUCCAAGUUGGUCGUCUUCACUAUGUCUUGUGGUAGAAAAUUCCAUAGGUUAACUAUGCUUUGUGUGAUGAAGUGUUUCUAUAUUUAAUCUCCUACCAUUCAUCUUCAUUGGCUGACCCCGGGUUUUAGUAUUUUGAGAAGGAGAGGAAUGCUUUCCUCUGUGAUCUUUCUCUACACUGUGCAUAACCUUAUGUACCUCUGUUACGUUUCUCGCCUCCAGUACUCAUUUUUUCCCUUAAAUAUAUAGCCUCAAACAUUCCAACCUUUCCCCACUGAAAAUACAAUUUCGCUCUCUUUCUCUCCAAAAGUCUGACACCCAGGUGCUCUCCUCCGAACUGCCCUCGACAGCCGAGUCAGAAGAGGAGGACGACGGAAUGAAUGAUAUGAACCAGGAAGUGAUGUCACUAAUAUGGAGCGAAGACCUGAGAGUGCAAGAGGUGCGCAGACUUCUGCAGAGUGCUCACCCUGUCCGUGUCAAUGUAGUUCAGAUGCCAGAAGUCAGUGACCACGAAUAUAUAGAAGAAAAAGAAAACCGGUAAAUUGUUGGCUUUCCUAGAAGCUUGUUUGUCGGAGUGUCAUAUUGUGUCACUGCAGAGAUCCCCACGUGUGCAAGAGUCAGGCUUCCUAGCAGUGAUUCCAGGCACUGGAAGUUCUUAAGGAUGUUGGGAUCAGCAAUGGGAGUGGGCAGUCAGGAAGCUCAGUAGAAAGUUUCCUUACGAAAAUGCUGUGUUCUUUUGCAGGUUUGAGACUGAGGGCACUUUUAGACUGUCACUGUUUUUGAGUGGGAUUCAUAGAAUCAUAGAAUUGUAGAGUUGGAUAGUACCCAAAGGAUUGUCUAGUUCACCCCCCCUUGCAAUGCAGGUCUCACAGGGCAAAUUCAGGUUGCAAAAUUGGUUCUUUGGGAGCUCUGGUGCAACAAACCCACAGAUUGCCAAAGACUGGACUUUCUGCAGUAAGGAAAGUGACAGGGAAAUACACUGUAUAGCAUUUGCCCUGAUGCAACAUCAUCUAACCUACCCACAAACAAAUCGUAAGGAAUAUGCCAAAAAAGGGGGGGGGACGCGGGUGGCGCUGUGGGUUAAACCACAGAGCCUAGGACUUGCCAAUCAGUAGGUCGGCGGUUCGAAUCCCCGCGAUGGGGUGAGCUCCUGUUGCUCGGUCCCUGCUCCUGCCAACCUAGCAUUUCGAAGCACGUGCAAGUAGAAGCUAGCUAAACGGGAAGGUAAACGGCGUUUCCGUGCGCUGCUCUCGUUCGCCAGAAGCGGCUUAGUCAUGCUGGCCACAUGACCCAGAAGCUGUACGCCGGCUCCCUCGGCCAAUAAAGCGGGAUGAGCACCGCAACCCCAGAGUCGGUCACGACUGGACCUAAUGGUCAGGGGUACCUUUACCUUUAACUUAUGCAUUCAAUAGCAAAUGUCAUCUCCCUGCAAACAAAUUGGGAUGGAUCUUCAGUAAACAUUGUUGCCUGGAAGCACCUUUGAUGUCUCUGCUGCUUGACAUGCCAAAUCCCCUGCAGACCUGUCAGUCUGGAAGAGCUCUAGGCACAGGCAAUAGCUGUGGAAGCCUCCCCAGGCAUAAUCAAAACAUAAAGAACACAGCUGAUUUGUUUGGAGGGGCGCUCUCUUGUCUUCUGCCCGAGUUCAGGUGCUUCCAAAAGAGAGGAUGGAAAAAGAAACAGGGUCCAUCUUGAGCCCAAGACCACAGACAAAGAAUCCUAGCCUGAAAGAAAAAAGCAGGGUAGACUAUAUUUAAUAUUUCACUGGAUGACUUAAACUGAUGACUUGCAUAAGAGUGACUGGGCCAUUGCAGACCAACCACCACAGACAAGUCCUUGCAUCACUUCAAACUCUUUGUCCUUUUCAGUAGACUCCAUUCACACAAUCUGCUGCCUGCCAUAAAAUGUUCACAAAUAAAGUAUGGAGAAAUAAAAAUUCAUACGUUCAUCUGUCACCCUGUCCACAGAUUCACAGGUUUCCUAUCUGCUUUGCAUAUUUCUCAUUGGUGGAAUGUUUGAUGCAGUGUUUUUUUUCUCUAAGAACUAAGGGUACAGUGGUACCUCGGGUUACAUACACUUCAGGUUACAUACGCUUCAGGUUACAGACUCUGCUAACCCAGAAAUAGUGCUUCAGGUUAAGAACUUUGCUUCAGGAUGAGAACAGAAAUCGUGCUUCGGCGGCACGGCAGCAGCAGGAGGCCCCAUUAGCUAAAGUGGUGCUUCAGGUUAAGAACAGUUUCAGGUUAAGUACGGACCUCCGGAACGAAUUAAGUACUUAACCGAGGUACCACUGUACUCUCAUUUUCCUACUCAUAUUGAAAUACUGCCCCUCAAUGAGGCCAAACUUAGAUUCACAAAAUGUUUAGGGGUAUGCGUACCUCCAGAAAAAAGCACUAGAUAUAUUCGGAACACCAUGAGAAAUGCUUUCUUUAUUUGUAUUUUAUAUUCCUACAGCUUUUUAUUGCCUGUUUUAAAGUUGAUAGUAACAUAAUUUGUUAACCCGUUGAUAUAAGUGUGUAUCUGUGUGUGUGUGUGUGUGUGUGUGUGUGUGUGUGUGUGUGCUUAAAAAGGAAUAAUAUUGUUGGUUGCAUUCUUUUCUGUGUUUGAUUUUCACCAUAGGCUGCUGCAGUUGUGUCAGCGGACGAUGGCUCUCCCUUUGGGAAGAGGAAUGUUCACUCUGUUCUCGUAUCAUCCAGUUCCAACAGAACCGUUGCCUAUUCCCAAAUUAAACCUGACAGGUGAGUUCCUGCAAUACUUAGCAUGAUAACCCGAUCUACCUGUGGGCUCACACACAGAGAGAGCACUGCCUGCUCUACAAUGCUACCAUUGUAGCACGAAAUCCAUGACACUCCUCUGGAUUAGGGAGUGGGGGAAUCUGAAGGAGGGAAGGAAAUUUAGGGAUAAUUUGAGUCACAACAGGAACAAAAAUUAGUAGCUCUUAUAGCAAGUUUGUUCCUGGAAGGAGGGUUCGUUGGGCUACUAGCUGUGUUGGCUAUGCUCUGCCUCCAUGGCCAUAAGCAGCAAUUGAACCAGGCCACUGUCAUAAUAAUAAAGAAUAAUAAUAAUUUUAUUAUUUAUACUCCGCCCAUCUGGCUGGGUUUCCCCAGCCACUCUGAGAGGCUUACAGCAUAUAUAAAACACAAGUCAGUUUGAUGUUUGCGCAUAACUAUACAGUGGUACCUCGGGUUACAUACGCUUCAGGUUACAUACGCUUCAGGUUACAGACUCUGCUAACCCAGAAAUAUUACCUUGGGUUAAGAACUUUGCUUCAGGAUGAGAACAGAAAUCGUUCUCUGGCGGUGCGGCGGCAGCAGGAGGCCCCAUUAGCUAAAGUGGUGCUUCAGGUUAAGAACAGUUUCAGGUUAAGAACAGACCUCCAGAACGAAUUAAGUUCUUAACUUGAGGUAUCACUGUAGUUUACUGUGACCCCAAAGCAGCUAACUAUGCUUAGCCCUCCCUAGCAGAAAGGGGUUUUCUUCUACGGUUCUGAUUCACAUGCGGUUGGUCGUUCUGCACUCUGUAGGCCGGGCUCCUCCUAGGAAUACCACAGUGGACCUCAACAGUGGGAACAUAGAUGUGCCUCCGAACAUGGCUUGCUGGGCCAACUUCCACAAUGGCGUUGCUGCUGGACUGAAGAUCGCGCCUGCUUCUCAAAUAGAUUCUGCAUGGAUCGUCUACAACAAACCCAAAAAUGCCGAACUAGCCAAUGAAUACGCAGGCUUCCUCAUGGCCCUGGGUUUGAACGGCCACCUCACAAAGCUCGCCACACUCAACAUCCAUGACUACUUGACAAAGGUGAGACGCUUGGCCCAAAGGCAAAGGGAAGACAACGUCACGAUUUUUGUAUUUCUGACUAUAGUCAGGUGGUCAUGCCAAACCAUGGUUUCUGCUAAUCGUAGUUUAGUACCCAGACAUACAGGCAACCACAGUUCAAGCCUGCUUGUCUGCCUUUGUUUUCUGCUUGCCCAGCAGUUCUGCCUCCAGAGGCAGACCAGCAACUGUAACCGUCAUUACUGCAUUGCAGCAAACCAUGGUUUUAUCAACGAUGGCUUCGCACUGGUGAAAAGCUUUUCUCCUUGUGCAAGGCAAGGCAAGGCACUAGAUCUUUGCCAAUUCCUCCCUAACCGCUGCAGUUCCCCACAUCCCUAAAAAAAAAUUAGUCAUGGGGGGCAAGGAAGGGCCCCCUCCAAACAAUAUGUGUUUGUUGUCUGUGUGUGGUGUAUGUUAAAAUAAAUGAAUCCUUUUUUAAAGAAUAUAAUUUUUAUUAAAUUUUCUGUUUUACAAUUUAGAAUAUUCAUUUAUACAACCUUAAAAUAUCAGUGACAUCCCUUCUUCUCUUUCCAUAGUUCAUUUUACAUAGCAUAAAUCCCUGCAUAUUUUAUAUAAACUAAACCAUUCAGUAUUCCAUUAUUACUUCCAUCAAAACUUAUUUACACUGUUGAAUUCAUCUUAAUGCUGCCAGCGUUUUCAAGUGUACACAAUUCCCCCCAUAUAUUCAGAAAACAUUUCCCAAUCUUCUUUAAACCAAUGUUCUUCUUGUUCUCUUGUUCUAUAUGUUAGGUCCGCAAGCUUCGCAUAUUCCAUCAGUUUAAGUUGCCAUUCUUCUUUGGGACCGUGCUCGUUUUCCAUUUUUGGGCUAACGAAACAUGGGCCGCCGUAGUGGCAUACAUAAAUAGCCUUUUUUGACACCUGGGAAUUUCCAUCUGAAUUAUCCCCAGCAAAAAUAACUCUGGGGUUUUUUUGUUUGUUUUUUGGAAAGGUGCUUUUAAACAUUUUUUCCAGUUCAUUAUAAAUUAUUUCCCAAUACUCUUUUACCCUUUUACAGGUGUAUCACAUAUGAAAGAACAUACGUUUGACCUCAUUGCAGCUCCAGCACUUAUCUGAUUAAGAUGUAAAAUAAAAGAAUCCUGAAACAUGGCCUCAGGCUUUUCAGUUUGGGGUGCAGCUCAUGAAUGUGCGUUUGUGCAUUUGUUCCAUUCAAAAAAGUCACCUGAUGGAUGCGUUUGUUUCUCCUGGCAGGGCCACGAAAUGACGAGCAUCGGGCUGCUGCUUGGGGUCUCAGCCGCCAAGCUGGGCACCAUGGACAUGUCCAUCACUCGCCUGCUCAGCAUCCACAUCCCUGCUCUUCUGCCGCCCACUUCCACUGAACUGGAUGUGCCUCACAAUGUACAAGUGGCAGCCGUGAUAGGGAUUGGCUUGGUCUACCAAGGCACGGCUCACAGGCACACGGCCGAGGUUCUGCUGUCGGAAAUAGGUAAAGCUCCAGAGAGGAAAUCUCUUGGGGUGGCAUCCGGGUCACAAAUGUUUUGUGCAAGUAGCCAACACAGGUGCCCUCCAGAUGUUACUGGACUUGCAUCCACAUCCCUGACCACUGGCCAUGCUGGCUAAAGCUAAGUUGUAGUCCACAACAUCUGGAGCGAGCGCUGUGUGGGCUUCCCUUUGCAAAUGAUUUCAUGGAGACCUCCUUGCAGUUGUGCGAAUUGGUAGAUUUUAUUUUUGCUGCCACAGGCUAAAACCUUUAAGGAAGCUGUCCAAAUUGGCCCCUGAUUUGUUCCUGAUACAGUGGUACCUUGGGUUACAUACAUUUCUUACAUACGCUUCAGGUUACAGACUCCACUAACCCAGAAAUAGUACCUUGGGUUAAGAACUUUGCUUCGGGAUAAGAACAGAAAUUGUGUGGUGGUGGCACAGCGGUGGCAGGAGGCUCCAUUAGCUAAAGUGGUGCUUCAGGUUAAGAACAGUUUCAGGUUAAGAACGGACCUCUGGAACGGAUUAAGUACUUAACCCAAGGUACCACUGUAAUAUGAUAUUGAGCAAAAUACGGUGAUCUAAGCUUUUCAGUGCUAAAAUUUAAUAUUUAACUGAGUAAAAAUCAACUAUUUUCUUUCUUUCUUUCUUUCUUUCUUUCUUUCUUUCUUUCUUUCUUUCUAGUUUUGACUUACUCUUGUUGUUGUUUUAAAUUUAAGGGCGCCCCCCAGGCCCUGAAAUGGAGUAUUGCACCGACAGAGAGUCCUAUUCGCUAGCUGCUGGCUUAGCUUUGGGCAUGGUUUGCCUCGGGGUAAGUGUAGCUCUCUCUUUUGGGGAAUGUGUGAGUGAGAGAGAGAGAGAUGCUGGACUGUUUGCUAGAUUUUCAUCUGAAUGCAGCACCUGUUUGUUUGCUGAGCAUGCUUCAGGCACCUUGGGCUGCAAACAAGUUUGUAGAACAGGAUAGGGCUCGGCCCAGUAUACCUGAAGGAGCGUCUCCACCCCCAUCGUUCUGCCCGGAUACUGAGGUCAGUGCCGAGGGCCUUCUGGCGGUUCCCUCACUGCGAGAAGCUAAGCUACAGGGAACCAGGCAGAGGGCCUUCUCGGUAGUGGCACCCACCCUGUGGAACGCCCUCCCACCAGAUGUCAAAGAGAUAAACAACUACCUGACAUUCAGAAAACAUCUGAAGGCAGCCCUGUUCAGGGAAGUUUUUAAUGUGUGACAUUUUAAUGUAUUUUUAAUCUUUGUUGGAAGCCGCCCAGAGUGGCUGGGGAAACCCAGCCAGAUGGGCGGGGUACAAAUACAUCAUCAUCAUCAUUAUUGUUGUUGUUGUUGUUGUUGUUGUUUAACCCUUUGCUCUCCAUUCCUCUUGCAGCACGGCAGCAACUUGAUAGGCAUGUCGGACCUCAACGUUCCUGAGCAGCUUUACCAGUAUAUGGUUGGCGGUCACCGGCGGUUUCAAGCUGGAAUGCACCGUGAAAAGCACAAGUCUCCAAGCUACCAGAUUAAGGUGCACACUUCAGUUUUCUUAAACCAUUCCUUAUUCUGAGUUGGACCGUUGGUCCAUCUAGCUCCCUGUUUUCUUCCCUGGCUGGCAGCAUCUUCCCAAGGUUUCAGGCAGGGGGUCUUUCUCAGCCCUACUUGAAGAUGCCAGGGGCUGAUGCUCUGAAACUGAGCUCUGCCCUUUGAGUACUGCAAGGAUCCUGCAGCUUCUCCCCUUCAUCCUUUUAUAAGGAAUAGGUUGGUUCAUUUCUUCGCACCUUUUUUCAAGGGACCUCAGAGCACCAUCAGUGGAGUUCCAAGACAGUUUCCCAUCUCAGUUACUCUUUAGGCUCAGCCCUACUUUUCUUGGGGGGCAGGAGUCCAUUAGACCACCUUCAGAGGUUUCCCUUGGCCCACCUCCCGCACAAAGCAAAUCGCUUUGAGAUAUUUUACGGGAAACCAUUAGUAAGUUGAACGAAAUAAGUAAAUAAAUAUAAAAGCGGCGUGUGACAUCGUUCUCUAGCAUUCAGGCUGAUUUAUCUCCCUGCUUUUAUUCUUUACAGGAAGGAGACACCAUAAAUGUGGACGUGACAUGCCCAGGCGCGACUCUGGCGCUAGCAAUGAUCUACCUAAAGACUAACAACAGGUAUUGGGUUUGGAAUCGUGCUUUAUGUGUAAGAGACGUAACCUUUUAGAAUCACAGGACUUCAUGCUUAAGGGUACUUGCAACUCAUCACAAUGCAGGCAGCCCCCAGAAUGUGGUGGAGGGACACUCAAUAAAUGCAAGGAAGCUUUGCAGUUCGGUCUGAGCAUUUGGAAUUGUGCCUCUGCAACUUACUGAAAUGUGUGAGGAUUGUAGCAGGAGGGUGGCAGAGCCGAAAGAUUAGAGAGGAAGUUAGAAAAGCAGCAAGCAAACUCAGCCAUUCAAGAUGUGCUCUACUGAAGCAUGUCUUCAUGCUUCCCUAAGCAAGCUAUUGUAAUUCAGAACUCUUUCAUUGUAUUUUUUUACUUACAUUUUGCUAGGUCCAUUGCUGACUGGCUUCGAGCUCCGGAUACCAUGUAUUUGUUGGACUUCGUGAAACCAGAAUUUCUAUUAUUAAGGGUAUGUUCAUAUUUUAGGGUUGUUGGUUUGGUUUUUUGCUCUUCUGCAAUGCCCUUUGCUCAGAACGGAAUUUCCUUAUUUAUUGAGGGUUUUUUAAAGAAGGUUUAUAUGCCACUGAAUCAGCAAAAGCGUCUAAGUAGUUUACCUUUUAUUGGGUUUACUUUAUGCAAAUCACUUAAAAUAAAUUGUAUGAAUUACUUUUGCAUGUUUCAGUCUGGACACAUGCUGGUUGCCGUUCCUGCUUAGGCCAUUCAUCUUUUUAAGUAAACACACACACACACACACACACACACACACGAACGACAGUUCUCUCCAUCCUGUCCCAGUUUUAGAGUCACUUUGCAUAUGAGAAAGUUUGUACAUGCAAGGCCAAAUGUGGCCAGCAGAAGUGCCAUAUUCAGCAAAGCCAAAACACCUGUGUGCUCAUCAGUUGGCAAUGUAAGCUUGAGUUGCACUUGAAUCUGUCUGCUAAAUUGCUUGUUGUGUAAAAAAAAAAUAUUCUUGGGCGAUUUUCAGCAGCAAAAAAGGAAGCCCAGAAGUGCAACCCAGAAAGUUAAACAAGAUGCUCUUGUUCAAAUUACAGUGGUACCUCAGGUUAAGAACUUAAUUCGUUCUGGAGGUCCGUUCUUAACCUGAAAUUGUUCUUAACCUGAAGCACCACUUUAGCUAAUGGGGCCUCCUGCUGCCGCUGUGACGCCACCGUGCAAUUUCUGUUCUCAUCCUGAAGCAAAGUUCUUAACCCAAGGUACUAUUUCUGGGUUAUCGGAGUCUGUAACCUGAAGCAUAUGUAACCCGAGGUACCACUGUAUUAGGCUUUGAGUCAAAUGCUACUUUUGCAGUUGAUCUGGUCCCAUUGGCUCAUGGCAUUGCUUGUUUGUUUAUUGCAUUUUUAUCCCACCUUUUCUCCAAAGAGCUCAAGGUGGCAUAUGUGGUUCUCUUCCUGCCCGUUUUAUCCUCACAGCAACCCUGUGAGGUAGGUUAGGCUGUGAGACCGUGGCUGGCCCAAGCUCACCUAGUGAGCUUCAUGGCCGUGCAGGGAUUUGAACCCCGAUCUAACACUCUAGCCACAGACUAUGAAAGCCAGUAUUUGGCUGUGUAAUGGUGCACAAAUCGUUCAAACCGAGUUCACAAAAUAGAAUGCUUGCGUAGAUGAUCGCACCAUGCUGAGAAAGAGGGUUUGCGUUUUCUCCGACAGUCUUAAGAAUUGCAGGGUACUUUUGGGUUCUGAGCUUGAAACAGAAGUGCCUAUAACUUCCUGAUCAAUUCAGAUUGAUUGCUUAGGAAUUCUUACACGAUUGCUGUUUCUGAGCUCAUCACAACUUGCUUUCCUUUACCCUGUUCUGAUCCUCUUCUUUGUUUGCAGACGCUUGCUCGGUGCUUGAUUUUGUGGGAUGACAUUCUGCCCAGUUCUAAGUGGAUUGACAGCAACGUGCCACAAGUAAGUAGCACUCCUCCAACUAAACCGUUACACGAAGCCAGCAGUUCAGGGAAUUUCUACCCUCGGGGAACCCUGUACACAUCAACAGGUCUGGAUGAGGGUGCCUUGUUCAUCUGCUUCAUGGCACCUGUUUCAGAGGACCAUGAGUUUUUCUAGUGCACCCAGUGGCCGAGUUUUCACCAUAAUGCUUCUGUCUUAAUAAACCAGGAUAUACACAAGUUGCCUGCAGGUAUCUACAGUUCCUUUGCAACCACUUCGCUCUGCCCAGUGAACAAGUAGCUGAGCUUGGCUUUAAAAGAGGAUUCGACAGAUCCAUGGAGGAUAAGACUAUCAAUGCCUACUAGCUGCAAAUGGCUAUGCCCUGUCUCCACAGUCAGGCAGAAAUGCUUCUGAAUACCCAAUGCUGGAAACCACAGGAGGGUCCUCUUGUGGGUUUCAUAGGCAUCGGCCACUGCAAAAAUAGGAUUCCAAACUGGAUGGCCUGGUCCAAUAGGCUCUUCCUAUGUUCUUAAACCAGGAUUCAGCUGAUAAUUUCACCUUUUCUGCUCCUUGCUAAAGAGUAAUAAACUAAAGAAAAGGCAUUUGAUGCUUCCGGUAGGCAGACCUGCAAAACUGCCCGAGUUUUCUGGUUUCCUCCAUUUUUCCCUUACAGCAGUAAAGGGUUCUACACUUUGUGGCUAGAGGCAUGCAUGCUGUCGACAUGUUAUUUCACAUAAACAAGACAAACCACACAUUCUAAGCAUGCUGACUUGAGAACAAGCUCCAUUCAUGGAAGUCAAUUCCAGCUAACCACAUGUAGAAGUGAGCUGUAACUUGUAACUCUAUAAAAGAAGACGUGCAAUACUUACAGAUUGUAUGUUUAAUGGAAGAAUAGGUUACCGGAGUCCUCUUGUUAUCAGGCAUCCAAAAUUAAAAUCCCGCAGCUGGGCUCUGAUUUUAAAAAGUAAAGUAUAUCCACGAAGCUACAGAAACCUUUGCACAAACGGCAAUGACUCUAUGCAUCCGCUGGCUUGUUUUUAACAGAUUGUGAGGGAGAACAGCGUAUCCCUUCAUGCGACUGAAAUGCCUUCUUCCGAAGACCUGAAUUUGGAGACUCUGGCGUAAGUAAUCAAGUGGGACCGAUUCCUAGUUCCUGUAGUCCUUGGGCAGGUAUAGCAAAGGACGAACUCAGGAGCCCUAGACGUAUUACGUCAGUGGGUGCGGGAAGUUCUGUAGCAUGGCAGCUCCUUGUGCUGUGGGGGGUAUUAUUGGGUUAUUGUUUUUAUUUUUAUUUUAUAUAUUGUGAUCUUUUUUGUGAACUGCCCUGAGACCUCCAGGUAUAGGGCAGUAUAUAAAUUCAAUAAAUAAAUAAAAAAUAUAUGGAGUCAGACCCCUUGAUCCAGUUGAGCCAGAGAAGCCGCGGGUCUUGUACAGCUGGCAUGCAGGGAAACAUCUUCCCUGCGUGUCUGCCGAGCUGCUCAGCCAAGUCCUGCUCCCCUCUGGGGAAGGUCUCCUCAUGAGCCGGAGGUGCAGCAGGGCUUUGCUGACGUGUGGGAAAGCGCAACAGCCCUGCUGCUUUCCUAUGAGUGCAGGAAUUGAACACGCAUAGAGGCCUGUACACUGGAUGCUCGGGUUGCGAACAUGAUCCAUGCGGGAUGCACGUUUGCAACUGGUAGCGGUGCUCCUGCCGCACAUGCGGGUUGCAAUUCGGCGCUUCUGUGCAUGCGCAACUGCCCAAACCCAGAAAUAACCCCUUUCCGGUACUUCCGGGUUUCAGUGGUCCGUAACCCAAAAAAACGCAACCUGAAGCGUCUGUAACCCGAGGUAUGACUGUACUGCAAAUGUAUUGCAAUCACGCACCCUUAGAGAUGACCAUGUGCAGGCAUCUCCUCCUGCUUCUUGAGCUUUUGGAAGUUAAUAGAAAUGCGCUGAAUAAGUGGCUUUGCCAGACUUCCGUUUUCCUUCCAUCCAUCUAGUCCCAAAGCCCCAGGGUUUGGUUACAUUUUUGCACUGUAUUAGCAAUAUGAGAACAACCUCUUGAAAAUAUAUAAACCAGGUUGUAUCAAGAUUACUUUCCCAACCCAGGCCUCUUUCCUGCAGGAUCAUCCCACAACACCUCUGUAACAUUUAAAGAUCCACAACCACAUGGGCACGGCCAAUUGCUUGGAGCAAUGUAAGCCCUGAUUUAUUGUUUUGAAGCUCCACGUGCUUGACCACUCCCGUGUGGUUUUGGACCCCUGAACAUUACAGCUGAGUCUGUGGGCAUGCAACCAAGGAAACAGGGGCAAUUGGCAGGCCCCCAGCUGGCUCCGGCAAUCUCCAGUCCUUGAUGCAUCAUCUGUGACCUGAGCUUCAGAAGCUAGGGCACGCUACUCAGCAGAGUAAACGCUGCGCAACAAAAGUGGCAGGAGAAAUUGUGUGAGCAUAUUUACAAGCAGUUUAUUCAGCAUACAGCAGGACAAAAGAAAACACGUCUGCUCUCCUUUGUGUCCAAAAGCAAGCAGCAAAAGCAAAAGCUAUAUACAAACGGAAAUUCCCAGCAAGCUGUGCUGGAGUGUAAACAGACAUGUGACAUACAACAAUUCCACACGUCUGUUCUUAAGGUGGAACGGAAUAUCCCAACUGAGUCAUGGGAUAAAUUCACGGAAAAGUGUGUGUAGCAACAACAUCCUGAAUGAAGCAAAGGCUAUUUGCAAGUCUUCCUAUGACAGGUUAGUUCACCCCACCAGUGCUUUUUAGGAGAAUUCAGCUUUCCUGUUGCAGAAGUAGCUCAAUUGCAUGAUAUAUUUUUUUAACCAGAGAGGAAGUGGAAGCCAGUGUAAUUUGAUAUAAUCUUUUAACUGUAUAUGAAGACACACCUCCUGCCAAACAUUUCUUUUUAGGCAGGCUCAUGUCUACAUCAUCGCUGGGGCCUGUUUGUCUUUGGGUUUUCGAUUUGCCGGUUCAGAAAACCUAGCUGCCUUUAAUUGCUUGGUAAGUGCAUCAGUAGCUGGACAGGAUUUGUUAUCAUAGACUUGCAGGGAUGAGUCGUGGGUUCAAGCCCCAUGUUGGGCAAAAGAUUCAUUCAUUGCAGGGGGUUGGACUAGAUAACCAUUGUCGCCCCUUCCCUGCUCUAUGAUUCUAUAGUGUAACGUAAUCUCAGGGAAAUAUGCAAGUCCAGGGCACUUAAUUUAUGCCUCCCCAAAGCCCCACUUUCCCUCUGUUCUGUGUCUGUGAAUUUCAAGGCCAAGUUGUGACUGCAGGGUCCCUGUGAAAGCUUGAUAUUGAUGCAUGCUAAACCAGGAGUAGGAAACCUGUGACUCUCCAGAUGUUUUUGGACAAUGACUUCCAGCAUCCCUGAUCAAUAAGCUCCCUGCUGAACAGAGCUAGAGGCAAUUGGAGUCCAACAGCUUCUAGGGCGGGGACACAGGUUCCCCACCCCUAUCCUAAAAGAAGAAAAGGGUUGGGGAAUGAUGUUUCUGUCAGGAGCUCUGCCUACACUCAAGUAGGACCCUGGCAGAGAUAUAUGCCCGACUGGCAUGUUCCCUCCCUCCUGGUCAAUCGUUCGGGAGUUCAAAAGCUUUCUUCUGCCCAAACAUCACAGCGACUGAUGCCAACAGACACCAGCACACUUAGGGAUCCGCAGAGUCUUCGCAGUUUGCGUAUCAGACGUCAGCAACUCAGCAUUUUGGCUAAUCUACUUUAUUUACCUAUAAACACACACGGAGCACUGCAAUAUGGCUCCCUCUCUCUCUAGCAUCAGACAGCAAAGAGAAAAAAUGAACAAAGGACAGUAGUCCCACUUCAUGGAACACAGUAACACAAACAUCCUGUCUCCGUCACUUCCCACUCUGUGGAGUCAAAACAUAUACCGUCAUCUGAUAGACAACAAUCCCAUGACUGCAAUCAUGGAGCAGGAAUUCUAACAGUUUCUUCCAACUCUUCCAUACUACGUUGCUUGAGCCAUGUGGAUGGUUUUACCAUAAUGAUGAAUGACAUUUCAGCAUCUCAUGCCUGGGACAACUAGCUCAUGCCUGCUUUCUGCUGGCAGUGCACAGAUCCACAAAGGGCCAGCAGCAGCAGCUGCAGCAGCAGCAAACUUAAAAUAACCUGCAGUCUUGUUACUGCAAUAAUAUAAUGUUCAGAACAUUAUAGGGUGCCUGUUUGAAGAAACACAGUUUUAACGUGUUUUCUGGGAGGUUGCAAAGGGAGGCUGCAGUGUGUGUGUGUGUGUGUGUGGUUUGAUGAAACUGGGGCAAAAACUGAGGAAGCCCAGCUUCUUACCUCUGGAUUAUAGGUUUAGAAGUGUUUGCUUCAGGGCCAGGUGACUUUCAGGUCUCUUCUGAUUCUGAUCUUACGAAAGAAUAAUGAACGAUGCAUAUUUAUGGGCGAGACUUUAGCAGGGUGGACGAGUGAGUGGUUUGCAUGUCUUGAGAGUCCAGGUUCACUCCCUGCCCCACGGUUGUUUCUUGCGCUUUCCUGACAUGUGCCAAUUUUGAAUUCCUCCGUCUAGUACACAUUUGCAAAAGAUUUCAUGAAGUGUUUGUCCUCGGCUACGGCUUCCAUAGUAAGUUUCUCCAGAUUCACUAUCGUUCAUAGUAAAAUCAAAAAUUUUAUAAUGCUGUUUUGGUUUAAUUUUUGGGGGAGGGGGAGAGGGAUCAUUGGACCAUUACCCUGACCCCACACAUCCUCAAAUACUUCAGUAACCUACCCUUCUGCUAGCUAAACACAGAGUUUGAGAAGAGAAAUGGGUACUUGUUCCGAGUUUGCUCCACAGCUUGCUUUAUUUAUUUAUUGCCUACUCUUGACCCUUAAGGUCCCAGAGCAAAUAACAACAUUAAAACACAAUAUUAAAACCAUUUUUAACAACUUCCAGUCAUAAAAACAAGGGGAGUCUUAAAAAAUAAACACCUCAAGUGCCAAAAGCCAGAGCAAAGAGGUGCGUCUUGUUUCAUUUUGUAGAAUCUGUAUAAUGAAGGUACCAGGUGCAUCUCUGUGGGGAGGGAGUUCUGUAACUUAGGGGCUCCCAUAGAGAAGUCCUUUUUGCAAGCUUCUGCCCCCACCCCAAGCGUCUGAGGACAAAGGGCCCCUCUCCCAAUGUCAGUGCCCAAGAGGGUCUGUAGGGAAGGAUGUGGCGUUUCCGAUAUUUGGGGCCUGCGUCGUUUACGGUUCUGUGUGGAUUGCCAAAGGAGGGAUCUCAAAUAACCCCUGCUUUAGAAUAGAUGCACUGGUUUCCGGUUCAUUCGCAGGCCCCAUUCAAGGUCCUCAAGUUUAGAUGAAGGAGCAGCCUCUCCCCUAUGAGGAAUGGUUACAACAGACACCUUAAUGGUUGUCCUUAUUUUAAAACCCAGACACACACACACUUAGCUAGGAGUAAGUCCCAUUGAACUCAGGGAGUAGCCAUGCGUAGGAUUGUGGGAGGGAAGUUACUGGUUUGCUUUUGCUUUUAUUGUGUACAGUGGUAUCUCGGGUUAAGUACUGGAGGUCCGUUCUUAACCUGAAACUGUGCUUAACCUGGAGCACCACUUUAGCUAAUGGGGCCUCCCAGUGCCGCUGUGCCGCCGGAGCAUGAUUUCUGUUCUCAUCCUGAAGCAAAGUUCUUAACCUGAGGUAAUAUUUCUGGGUUAGCGGAGUCUGUAACCUGAAGCGUAUGUAACCUGAAGCGUAUGUAACCCGAGGUACCACUGUAUUUUGCAUUCUCAUUCUGUAUUUUUAUGCUGUGGAGUUGCCCUGUGGUCUUCAGAUGAAGGGUGGAAUAAUAAUAAUAAUAAUAAUAAUUUCUGAAUAAGACCUUCCUUCUUCCUGAGCCUGGGAUUGUGUUGCUUGCCUGCUUAGGAGAUACAAGUGGAACUGACCACUUGCCUCCUCUGUGUCCAUAUUUAAGGCAGGCCACUACAACCUGGAGACUUGCCUGAGUGUAGUGCUGAUGUCACUUGCGAUGGUGAUGGCAGGAUCGGGAAACCUGAAGGUCCUCCAGCUCUGCCGCUUCAUGCACAAGAAGACUGGUGGGGAGAUGAACUACGGGUUCCACAUGGCACAUCAUAUGGCUCUCGGGCUCCUCUUUUUGGGAGGGGGAAGGUAAUAACGUUAUUUCAAAGGGAAGCCUUUCCCCCGCAAAGCGAAUAUUCAUAUGAACACCCCAGUAUCUCCCUGCGUAUUCGUUACGUCCACAAUCCUUUUUUUUUCCUUCCAAAGGAGAUAUUGUUGUGUUAUUAUUAAUAUUUAUUAUGAAAAUUUGUAUACCACUUAAUUGCAGUAUUGAGGUAGCCUUUGGCCUUUUUUAUUAAAAAAAGAAGAACCACCAGCAAUUAAAGAGUUAAAAGCACAAAAGAGUUAAAAGCACAGGAAGGUGUCUGGUAAAUAUUUGAGGGGCUGAGCAGUAGCGCUGUGCAUCUGGUCUGGACAAAUCCUGGACCCUGGACUCAUUUGGCGGAUCUGGAAUUUGUCCUGUUCAUGCUGAGGCAACCCCAGGUCAGGUCCACCUGGAGCAAUUUGCGUCUAUCAAAAGCGGUGGUGGGGUUUGUAAGCCAGCAAAGAAGAGGGGUGGGGGAAGGAGAUGAUGCAGGUAGGACUCACUACUGGCAGGUCUCCUUCUCCCGCCCCCCGGCCACUGACUGCAUGCUUAAUUUUGGUUUAGAAGCUUAAUUAAGCAUUAGGAGUCUGCAGCACCUCUGUUUAGAUUUGGGGGCUGAAUUGGUCUGGGGCCCGAUUUGGAUCAUUGCAUUGGGCCCUGAACUAAAUUAGGGCUGCCUUGCACAGCCCUACAGCGCAGACAUUUAUUGUUAGAAAUGAAUAUCUUUGAUGACCUGCACUUAAUUUCUGCUUUGCAGGGAUAAGCACCAAUUCCAUGCUCUUUUAUUGCAUAUAUAUAUAUAUAUAUAUACACACACACACACACACACACACGGUAAAGGGGCCCCUGACCAUUAGGCAACUCUGGGGUUGCGGCGCUCAUCUCGUUUUAUUGGCCGAGGGAGCCGGCGUACAGCUUCCAGGUCAUGUGGCCAGCAUGACUAAGCUGUUUCUGGCGAACCAGAGCAGCGCACGGAAACGCCGUUUACCUUCCCGCCGGAGCGGUAGCUAUUUAUCUACUUGCACUUUGAUGUGCUUUCGAACUGCUAGGUUGGCAGGAGCAGGGACUGAGCAACAGGAUCUCACCCCGUCGUGGGGAUUUGAACCGCCGACCUUCUGAUCGGCAAGUCCUAGGCUCUGUGGUUUAACCCACAGCGCCACCCCCAUAUAUGUAUAUGUAUACAUAUAUAUAUAUAUAUAUAUAUAUACACACACACACACACACACACACACACAGACACACACACACACACACACACACACACACACACACAGUGGUACCUCUGGUUGAGAACAGGAUCCGUUCUGGAUGCCCGUUCGCAACCUGAAAAGAACGCAACCUGUGUCUGCGCAUAUGCGGGUUGCGAUUCGCCGCUUCUGCGCACACGCGGGACGUCAUUUUGCGCGAGUGGUGAAACCCGGAAGUAACCCUUUCCGGUACUUCUGGGUCGCCAUGGGAUGCAACCUGAAAAUGCACAACCUGAAGCAAAUGUAACAUGAGGUAUAACUGUAUAUAUUCUUUAUUUUGCAGGUACUCACUUAGCACUUCAAAUUCUUCCAUUGCUGCCCUGCUUUGUGCCGUGUACCCUCACUUCCCAGUUCACAGUACAGAUAACAGGUAAGGCUUAACCAGCAGAUUUGGUUAAAACAAAGAUCCUAGGCAAGCCCAGUUGGACCCAGCAACAGAUAAUGCGUUCUGCACCUUGGGAGGCCUGUUGAAAGCAGUUAGAUUCAGGACGGAGCCUUAAAAUAACCUUCCUGCAGUAAUUGCACUCUUUGUAUGCACAGGUAUCACCUCCAGGCCUUGCGGCAUCUGUAUGUUCUGGCAGCAGAGCCCAGGCUCCUUGUCCCUGUGGACGUGGAUACAGAUACGCCUUGCUACUCACUGCUGGAGGUUACCUACAAGGUAGACUUGAUUCUGUGGGGUGAAGGGAACUUACCUGAAAGGUUGGGGGCAGAAUGUACACAGUCCCUCUGAGCCAGCAUGGUUGUCAUGUGCUUUCUUCAGUGAUACAGGUUGACUAAAGUGUGUGGUUUAUUUUGUAUUUCUACCCCCCACCCACCCACCAAAGGGAACUCAGUGGUAUGAGGAAACAACCGAGGAACUGAUGGCACCCACUCUUCUUCCUGAACUCCACCUACUGAAGCAGGUAUAUGACAGAGCUUGCUUUAUGGCAGCCUUCUUCGGCUGGGUCCUCUCCUGCUGUUUUGGUCUACAAUUCCCAUCAGCCCCAACAAGCACAGCUGGGGGUGGGGGUAGAAGCAGCCAUAGUGUAAUUCCAAGAUGCAGUGGAUGGAAAUAGUAUUCAGUGGUACCUCUGGUUAAGAACUUAAUUCGUUCCGGAGGUCCAUUCUUAACCUGAAACUGUUGUUAACCUGAAGCACCACUUUAGCUAAUGGGGCCUCCCGCUGCCGCCGCGCCAUCACUGUGCAAUUUCUGUUCUCAUCCUGAAGCAAAGUUCUUAACCUGAGGUACUAUUUCUGGGUUAGCGUAGACUGUAACCUGAAGCGUCUGUUACCCGAGGUACCACUGUAGUCCCUUGGCAUGCCACCUUACAACAUCAUAGGCUUGAUAUUUAUUAUAGAAAGUAGGGUGCGAUACCAUGAGAAUUAGUGGAGACAGGGCUUGGGGUUAGGUUACACCAGUGUGGUGUAGUGGUUAAGAGCGGUAGUCUCGUAAUCUGGGGAACCGGGUUCACAUCUCUGCUCCUCCACAUGCAGCUGCUGGGUGACCUUGAGCUAGUCACACUUCUCUGAAGUCUCUCAGCCUCACUCACCUCACAGAGUGUUUGUUGUGGGGGAGGAAGGGAAAGGAGAAUGUUAGCCGCUUUGAGACUCCUUAAAGGGAGUGAACCUGGGACGCGGGUGGCGCUGUGGGUAAAACCUCAGUGCCUAGGACUUGCCGAUCGUAUGGUCGGCGGUUCGAAUCUCCGCGGCAGGGUGAGCUCCCGUCUUUCGGUCCCAGCUCCUGCCCACCUAGCAGUUCGAAAGUACCCCUAAGUUCAAGUAGACAAAUAGGUACCGCUUCUAGCGGGAAGCUAAACGGCGUUUCCGUGUGCUGCGCUGGUGCUGGCUCGCAAGAGCAGCUUCGUCACGCUGGCCAUGUGACCCGGAAGUGUCUCCGGACAGCGCUGGCCCCCAGCCUCUUAAGUGAGAUGGGCGCACAACCCCAGAGUCGGACAUGACUGGCCUGUACGGGCAGGGGUACCUUUACCUUUUACCUUUAAAGGGAGUGAAAGGCGGGAUAUCAAAUCCAAACUCUUCUCCUUCUUCUUCUUCUCUGCUUUUAAACUUGGUUUGCAAAAAAUCCCCACUAUUCUGCACCUGCAGCCCUGCUCUGGAUUUCCGGUUAAGGAAUGGAAAGAUCAUUGGUGGGAUGUCAUCUCAGGUGCAUCUUUUGUGACUUACGGAGUACGGCUCCUAGAGGUCUAAUAAACCGGCCUUUCUCAACCUGUGGGUCCCCAGAUGUUGUUGGACUACAACUCCCAUCAUCCCUAGCUAGCAAGACCAGAGCUCAGGGAUGAUGGGAGUUGUAGUCCAACAACAUCUGGGGACCCACAGGUUGAGAACCACUGUAAUAAACCAUGCAUGUUGUGGGUCUUGGAAGGGAGGACAUUAGAAGUCCCUGGAUGUGAGUGACACUGCCCACGGUGUUUUGAUCCUAUCCAAUAUGUAUAAUUCCCUGUGUAACUGAUUUUUAUUUUAUGUUUCCAGAUCAGAGUGAAAGGCCCCCGAUACUGGGAACUGCUGAUUGAUUUAAGUAGAGGCACACACCAUUUAAAGUAAGUAGUCCUGGUGAAGCUUUUGCAAUAAUAGUAUAUCAGCCCACAAUUACGGUUGCACUGCAGACACACCAGAGUCCAAAUUUAAGCUGCUGUUGCAAUUGUUGGAAAAUCUAUUUGUUUGUAGGAGUUGUCCAGUGGCUGGUGUUAAGCAGAUAUGCAGCUUUUAACUGGUGUGUGUGUGUGUGUGUGUGUGUGUGUGUGUGUGUCAUCCUUGACCCAGCAAUUUUCUCCUAUGUGUGGAACACCUGUGGAUUUUUCCCAUCUUCUGCAAAGCAGAGAAGACAUUUCCUCCCUUUUGCACGUGAAAUUCACUUGAGAUCCAACUCUGUGCCUGUUAUAAAAUGGAUCCGGUGCAGAUUGCCGGAAGAAAGGUGUUACACAGUGUGAAAAUUGACAGAACAGCAACAGGACUAUCACACACUUCCAUCUGGCUUGCUAAUAUAUCAGCACAGUGAAAACAGGCAAUAAAAUCAAAUGACUAAUAGAAUUGGAAGCAUUUAGGGCAGAUAGCCAACCAAUCCCUCAAAACGGUCUUCCUACUACAAAAAAAGAGAGCAAGAAAUCUGCUCAAAAAAAGAAAUCUAUCUGAGACCUUCAAGGAAAUCCGGGUUUCCCCUUUUUGAAUUUUUUUUUGGGUCACUGAUUAACCUUCAUAGCUCCUUCCCAUUUUGUGACAUUUGAUCCCCGCCAUUUUUUCUUGGCUUUCUCUUUCAUCCUCUGCAUGGCAGUAGGCAUGCAGAUAACCUUAUCCAACAACUCUUAAUGCAUAGCUUAUGGCAGGGGUAGGCAACCUAAGGCCUGGGGGCUGGAUGCGGCCCAAUCACCUUCUCAGUCCUGCCCGCGGACAGUCCGGGGACCAGCGUGUUUUUACAUGAGUAGAAUGUGUGCUUUUAUUUAAAAUGCAUCUCUGGGUUAUUUGGGGGGCAUAGGAAUUCGUUCAUUCCUCCCCCUCCAAUAUAGUCCAGCCCACCACAUGGUCUGAGGGACGGUGGACCGGCCCACGGCUGAAAAAGGUUGCUGACCCCUGGCUUAUGGGUUCAUGAUGCAGCCACCUUGCUGAAGCUAAGCAGGUGUGUGUCUGGCCAGUACCUGGAUGGGAGCCCACCUGGCAACGUAAUGAGUUCCAUGUUGGAUAUAAAUGUAUAUCAGGGGAUAAAACUCUGCAGAAUAAAACAACAGUGCUUCGCCUCAGCAUUUGUGGUAGGGAACUGAGUGUGGAAUUUGUAAUGCUUUCAGGUGUUACGUGGUGCAAUGAUAUCUGUCCUCAAGAUAUGUGAAUUAGCAUGGAUAACUUCUUAAUCUGAAACAAAAAAACCCCAAACCUUCUCUUCUUCUUGCAGAUCAAUUCUUUCAAAAGAUGGGGUCCUGUAUGUAAAACUGAGGGCUGGGCAGCUUUCAUACAAAGAGGACCCAAUGGGUUGGCGAAGCCUUUUGGCGCAGACUGUCACUCACCGGAAUGCGGAUGCCCGGGCGUUCAAGGUAGUCCUUAUGGCCACUGUUGAGUGAAAAAAGCUGCAAUGAAUAUAAACUAUAUAACAUGGGUACACAAACUAAGGCCCGGGGGCUGGAUCCGGCCCAAUCGCCUUCUAAAUCCGGCCCGCAGACAGUCCGGGAAUCAGUGUGUUUUUACAUGAGUAGAAUGUGUCCUUUUAUUUAAAAUGCAUCUCUGGGUUAUUUGUGGGGCCUGCCUGGUGUUUUUACAUGAGUAGAAUGUGUGCUUUUAUUUAAAAUGCAUCUUUGGGUUAUUUGUGGGGCUUGGGAAUUCGUUCAUUUCCCCCCCAAAAUAUAGUCUGACCCCCCACAAGGUCUGAGGGACAGUGGACCGGCCCCCUGCUGGAAAAGUUUGCUAACAAGCAAAAAGCGAAAAAACCUGAAUUUUCCGUUGGGUUGUGAGGCCAGUGGUUAUAAGGAAAAGCCAUCUUUGGAAAAUGAACGCAAGCUGUGAGAAGCAGCUGUCAUUCUGGUGCAAAUUUCACCGGGAAGACUCCAAACGUCUCCGCGUUGGCCCCUGCGGCACCUCACGUCAGUGCAAAAUGAGAAACUGACCUGCGUUGGGGAAAGUUUCCGCAGCCUGUCUCAUUCUCCCCCAAAGGGCUGAGAUGAUACCACUUUGUUGGCUCAGCUGUGCUGGUAAGGUAGCAAGAUUUUGAGCUGCAUGAAUCUGUUUUUCAGGUCAGCUUUUUGCUAAGGGGUAGUAUUAUCUCCAUUACAUUUUUUUCCAAGAAGGCUGGACCAUUCAUCUGGGAGGUUGUAGCCUGCAGUGAGGAAGGGUUGUAUGAAUUGCACUUUCCCCAUGAACCGCAAAGAAGGAAACAAUCCUUAAUUUUAAAUGUCACCUUCCUUUUCAGCCAGAAGCUAUUUCUGCUUUUACAUCUGAUCCUGCACUGCUUUCAUUUGCUGACUAUUUCUGCAAACCGGCUGCAAACACGGGGCAAGUAAGUUGUCAGGUGCAAAACCUAGCUUAAAAAAAAUUUAAAAGGCAGGCUUCGGCAGAGGCAACGUGAAACUCCACUCUCAGAGACAGCAUGCCUGUAAAUGCCCAAUUGCUGGGAAUUAUUGUAAGGCUUUGGGAAGACUAGAGUAUCCUGGUUUCGCACAGGAGGAAUUUAAAAAUAAAAGAACGUAUGUGUGGGAUGAUUCGCAUUCUAGUUGACAAAAUCAGCCUCUCCAAAGUCUAUUUAAACUACCAGCAGAGUAGGCAGUAUGCUGGUGUGGGCAGCUUGCCAAGGAACCAGGCAGAGGGCCUUCUCGGUGGUGGCACCCGCCCUGUGGAACGCCCUCCCAUUAGAUGUCAGAGAGGUAAACAACUAUCUGAUGUUCUGAAGGCAGCCAUGUUUAGGGAAGUUUUUAAUGACUGAUGUUUUAAUGUAUUUUUAAUCUUUGUUGAAAGCUGCCCAGAGUGGCUGGGGAAACCCAGCCAGAUGGGCUGGGUAUAAAUAAAUUAUUAUUAUUAUUAUUAUUAUUAUUAUUAUUAUUAUUAUUAUUAUUGGAUUCCAUUAGCCUUAGCCAGCAAGACCAAUGGUCAGUGGCAAUAGGAGUUAUAUUCCAGUAACAUCUGGCUCCCCACCCACUGCAACAUGUAUGAUGAAUUACCUCUUCUUCAUCAUUUUUUUUAGAAACAGGAAGUGUUCGACCUUUUCUCUUCUAUCCUGUACGAGUGUGUUACUCAGGAAAAUCCUGAAAUGUUGCCGGCUUACAUAGCAAUUGACCAGGUAAAAGCAUGCAGUGCAGUCCUUUUCAUUUCGUCAAAGUGUGGCUUUGCUCGUGGUUGCUUAUUUUCCUGCUGGUUUUUGCCCGUUAAGAAAGCAAAGACAAAAAGUGUAUUGCAUUUGUAAUCGCAAUAUGUCUUGAUUUUUUACCUAUGGAAACUUGUCUGCAUGAACGAGUAGUCGUAGCAGAUUCAUGCCACCUUGUGACACUGAUCAUGCAAGCUCCCCCUAAUCUUUCUUUCUGAUUAUGUAAGUCUCUAAACGACUCAUUUAUAUAUAUCUGUAGCUCCAACAUUAUUGAGUUACUUCAAGCUCUUUUUUCCUUUUCCGCUAGGCUGUGAGAAGACUGGAAAAAAGAGAAAUGUCAGAGACAUUUGACUUAUGGCAGAUAAAGUUGGUUCUAGAAUUUUUCAAUUCCAGAAGUCACCAGGAGAGAAUGAGGAAGAAUCCACACCGGGGCCUUUUUAUGAACUCUGAGUUUUUACCUGUGAUUAAGUGUUCCAUCGAUAAUACCUUGGAUCAGUGGCUGCAAGGUAAAAAUAGCAGAGGAUUUACCGCUAAAUGAAGCAAGUUCUGUGCAGCUGGCAGAUACGACUCUCCUCUGAAUGGCAACAUAGCUAAGCCAAGACCAUGAAUUCCUAAGACCAUGAAUUUCUGCCCCCAAAUGACCCAAUGUUCAUUUGUAAUCUCUAGUAAGGGUUUUUUGUGUACGUGCACAAGCCAGAAAGUCUUAAAACGAUUCGGUUCUUACCGUGAUUUGAAGCUGUUCCAAAAAUAAAAACAUCUGGCUCUGUAUGGGCCGAAUCCAGUUAAGUCAUUGUGCAAGCCAAACAACUUCCACGUGUUCAGUGGAACUUCCCCUCCCUCUCUUCCCCUUGUGUGUGGAGGGCUGGGGGAACUCCCGGAGCAGACUGGGGGGGUGGCAGUGUGCGGGUGCAUGUGGGGCGGGAGAGGAUGGAGAAGUUCUGUGUCACGGGUGUAAAUUGUUCCGCUCAUGCAAUGACUGUUGGAGACAACAUUCAACGUCUGAGAAUUUUGUUUUACUCAUUUCUGUGCCACCCUUCAAUUUAAAUUACUCCCAAGGCAGCUCACACAAUACAGUGGUACCUCUGGUUACAUACUUAAUUCGUUCUGGAGGUCCGUUCUUAACCUGAAACUGUUCUUAACCUGAAGUACCACUUUAGCUAAUGGGGCCUCCCGCUGCUGGAGCACGAUUUCUGUUCUCAUCCUGAAGCGAGGUUCUUAACCUGAGGUACUAUUUCUGGGUUAGCGGAGACUGUAACCUGAAGCGUAUGUAACCCGAAGUACCACUGUAAAACCAAUAGACAAUCUCAAAAACAAAACAAAAAUGCAAACCAAUUUUCUUAACACCACUUUUUUUUAAUACUGCUGCUAAUUGUUUUUUUUCUUAAAAAACAAACAGAACUUCAACAUUAGGAAAUUUAAAACAAGAACAAAAGCAUUUUUUUUUCCAGCUAACCAAAGGGUAUCAUAGGGACGCGGGUGGUGCUGUGGUCUAAACCACUGAGCCUCUUGGGCUUGCUGAUAAGUAGGUUGGCGGUUCGAAUCCCCGCAACAGGAUGAGCUCCCAUUGCUCGGUCCCAGCUCCUGCCAACCUAGCAGUUCGAAAGCAACCCAAAAAGUGCAAGUAGAUAAAUAGGUACCACUGUGGUGGGAAGGUAAACGGUGUUUCCGUGUGCUGCUCUGGUUUGCCAGCAGCGGCUUAGUCAUGCUGGCCACAUGACCCGGAAGCUGUACUCCGGUUCCCUCGGCCUGUAAAGCGAGAUGAGUGCCGCAACCCCAGAGUCAUCUGUGACUGGACCUAACUGUCAGGGGUCCUUUACCUUUACCUUUUUAAAGGGUAUCAUGGUAGCAUUAACCGAUGCUUCUUUAGGGAAGAGGGUUCAUUUAGUACUGCGUGCUCCAAUUCAUGCUACUGUCUCAAAUUGUAGAUUUCAAUAUGCAGAGGCCUUUGGGAAAGAAGAGGGGGAAUGGUGGGUACUCCCCAUCUAUGUGCCAUUAAGGGGGGGGAGAGAUCUGGACUAUCUCUCUGUGCAUCUUCUUAGGGAAGUCCACCCCCAUUCCUGGAGAAUGAGAUUAUUUUUAAUAAACUUUGUCCUGGCUUCCCUCUAUUCAAUAUAGCCCUGUUUCAAGCAUUCAAAUAAUAAAUAAUAAUAAUAAUAAUAAUAACAACAAUAAUUUAUUUAUACCCCGCCCAUCUGGCUGGGCAUAAUAAUAAUAAUAAUAAUUUAUUUAUACCCCGCCCAUCUGGCUGGGCUUCCCCAGCCACUCUGGGCGGCUUCCAACAAAAUAUUAAAAUACAAUAAUGCAUCAAACAUUAAAAGCUUCCCUAAACCGGGCUGCCUCCAGAUGUCUUCUAAAAGUCUGGUGGUGGUUGAUCUCUUUGACAUCUGGUGGGAGGGCGUUCCACUACCAAGAAGGCCCUGUGCCCCUGUCUCCAUCUCAGUUGGCUCCCCCUCUUCCCCAAUUGAGCAGGAAGUUCUGAAGGAGGGGCUCUAUUCUCACAGAGAAAUUAGAAAGUCCUGAUCAUUGGGGACGGGGGAGCAUAUUCAGCUCCAUGCUGCCAGAAAAGGGCUCUAAUCAAACUGUUACCCCCCCCCCCACACACACAAAUGAAGAAAUCCGGUGUAAUAAUAGCAAACUCACUUGCAAAGUGCUGACCUUUAUGUAGCCAGAACAACAUCAUUGACUCACAAGAGGGAGAGAGAUUAGGAGGCUUGGGGAGCCCUGUCUUUGUGCAGAAGUACAAAAACAGAACCCAACAACUUUAGGAACAAAAAUAAAGGAGGGCUCAACCCACCCCAAACAGCGCAGUGAGGAUUGAGCAUGCUCAGUUGCCACAGAAUGCGGGUUGACUGUUGAGAGCGGUGCGGAACGAAAAACCAGGAGAAGGGCAAAUGGAUUGGAGUAUCUUGGAAGGUCAUGGCUGGCUGGUUAUCAUCGAUUUUUGUGUGUAUAGCCAAGGGCCUUUACAAUGAACGACAGAGGGCAAGAGCAAGGCUUUCCUCUGAAACCACACAACAUAACCUGAGGAAUUUUACAGCAUAAAAAAAAAAUGACAGCAAAAAAGUUUUAAAAUUAGAAAUCAUCAACAUAGCUUCUUAGCUGCCAGAGCAAAUUUGUCUACUAGGUGUGUAAUUUGUAGGUCUUUAUCAGCUAAUUUCAGUUAUUUCCUGGGGGGAAUCGGCCUGAGAACCACUUAAGAAUAGACGAUAUUUUUUUCUCUGUGGGCAUUGCAUAUUAGGGGCAAAUCAGCAGGUAGUGAGUGCAUGAUAUCCUUGAGCUGGUUGUAUCCAUAGAUGCCCUUGCUUGUCAGAACCUUGAACCAGGAACAUUCCACACUGCAACAUUUUGCUGCGCUUCCAUCUGCUAAAUCUCAGCUUCACCUCUCUUGUGUGUUGCAGCUGGAGGCGACGUCUGCUUGCACUCCUAUUUAAGUGGACAGCCAACCGACGAAUCUCAGCUAAGCAUAUUGGCCUGCUUCCUCAUAUAUCAUUCUGUUCCAACACCGGCACAGCUGUUAGCUGGAGGCUUGGAAGGUAAGAUUAAAACCCAGCUAUUAAUCACGAUUAUUUGGGGGGGGGGGGAAAUAACACUGAGAAAACCAUGGAUUACCAACACUGUACAAAAAUGCAAAAGUUGGUCCAUCUCAACCUAAGCCUAAUCUUACAGUUGUAGAGUUGGGAGGGAACCCAAGGGUCAUCUAGUCCAACCCUCUGCAAUGCAGGAAUCAGAGCCACCCAGAGAUGUUGGAAACUGAAUAUGGGCCCUUUUCCGUGCAAAGCCUUGUGCUCUGCUCUUGAGCUUCAGCCUCUUAAUAAAUCAGCUAUUGCGAUAUGUUCAUUUGGCCAACGUGCGGUUGCUCUCUUUAGCAGUAUUUUACCAGUUGUAAGGAACAAGAAGGCAGGAGCUGAAUAAAUAACGAUGAUAAUAAUAAUAAUAUAACAAAAUGAGUUUAUGGCAGUGCAAAUAAUAAUAAUAGUAAUAUUUAUACUCCACCCAUCUGGCUAGGUUUCCCCAACCACUCUGGGCGGCUUCCAGCAGAAUAUAAAAACAUAAUAAAAUGUAAAAUGCAGCAACAUUUUAUACACACAACAGGUACAUCCUCUAGAAUAAAAUAGCUUGCUAGGGAAAUGCUGAACUUGCCCUUCGGGGCGCCUCAGGGUCAAUUUUUUAUCAUAGCCCAAAUCUCAGUUGUAUGGGUGUAUGUAUAUAUCUCAAUUUUAACUCAUGAGCUAUUGCUGCAAUCUUCUCCAAUUUAUAUUUUAUCUUUAUGAACACUGUUUUUAUUGUGUUAUGUUAUGUGAGCUGGUCUUUGACUGUAAUAAGUUAUCUAUCUAUCACACAACAGGUAUGAACUGUUCUGUGCUAAAGCAGAGUUGCCAUUCUGCAUCUAAAAUGCACUGUUUUGGUAUAUUUGUUCUACUUGAAGGUGCAAUCAUUUUUCCCUCGUCUCCUUUAUCCUUCUAGGUUGCACAACCUUCUCUGAAUUGCUGUUGAAAUUCAAGCCCCUGGGAAUGCCAGUCCGUGCCCUUCUAAGACUCGCCCCUCUGUUGCUGGGGAAUCCACAGGCAAUGUUUUUGUGAAAGCAAUAACUUGAAUUUGACGCGACCAAAACGCCAGUAUCCGUUUAGCAUUUGACAUCGGACGAAAGGUGCAUUGAUGAAGUCAGGCUUUGCUUUCUAAGUUUACAAAUUUCUUCCUCGGCGCUUUCCAUUCCCUUUUUAUGUUUUGAGAGUGAUAAAAAAAAAAGAGAGAGAGCUUUAUAUAUUGUUGGACGGUUUACAUGCCCGUGCUAAUUAAUAUGUUUACUUUUUGUAAAUAAAGCUUGUUUGCCAAAAGAGAGAGAGAGAGAAAGAGAGAAAGAUUGAUGAUGAACUGGGAAAAUAAACCACGUGGAAUC